AUGAAGAUUACCUUAGAAGGGGUCCUUCGAGACCAGACCUUCACAUCAGGCAUCCGAAUGUCUCUGAACUACUGCAUCAUGUGGGAUGUGUUCUUCGAGUGCAGGUAGAGACUGUGACCACUAGAUGGAGAUGUUGGCUAGGCUCAGAGACAGACUGACAGAAGGCCUACAUAAACAUCAGAGCUAGAAGAGACUAGUGUGGGUACUGCUCGAACUCCUUAUAGAAAACAUGGAAGAGUGUAUUUACAUUUAUUAAUAUGAUAUUUACCAUUAGCACAAUUAUAUUGAAGAGGUAAAAUUGUUUUUCUUUAUCCUUAUUAUAGUUAAGGAAACCGAGCAGAGGGGCAGGAGGCGGGAAACUGUGCAGGUUCGAUGGCAUGGCGUCUUCAGCGAAAAGACGAGCAGUUGGAAAGGGAGUAAGUCCUGAUGAUAGUGAGGAUAACAGCUCGGAUGAGGGAUCGGAAGACGAUGGUGAUUCAGGAGAGGAGGACAGCGGAUCAGAAGAGGAGAGCAAUGAAGAGGUCAAGGCCGAGGAUAGAAUAGACGCCGGAAGGGAAAGGAGAGGGAAAAUUGAGUCCUUAGAGAAGGCAAGAAACAGAUAUAGGUUUGGAGAAAUGCAGUAUUAUCAUAAGGAGACGUAUACUUGGAUGAAUGAGGAGGAAUGGAGGGAAAAAGAGAGGCAGAGGAGGUCUAAGAGAGAGAUGGAGGAAGAUUGUGAGUUUGAGUCAGUUAAAAAUGGCGGGGAAAAGGGAGAAGGUUUGUUAAAGAAGAGCGUUGGGUAAAGUGGAAUCGGUGAGGGUAACCAGAAGUGAUCUAGUGAUAAUUGUUUGUGUUUCUGUUGGGCAGAGGGAGAAGGCGCUCAGAGUUAAACAAAUGGGGGAAAGAACUGUGAAUUGUUUCGCUCUUAAGAAAAGGGCGCCAUUAAGAGGAGUGAUUACUGGGGUAGCAGUGAAUGUAAAAGUUGACCAACUGAAGGAGAUGAUUCCCGGUGUGUGUGAUGCUCGUCGUUUGGUGCGACAUUUUACAUUUUAGUCAUUUAGCAGACGCUCUUAUCCAGAGCGACUUACAGUUAGUGAAUACAUAUAUAUAUAUAUAUAUUUUUUUUAUACUGGCCCCCCGUGGGAAACGAACCACAACCCUGGCGUUGCAAACGCCAUGCUCUAUCAACUGAGCUACAUCCCUGCCGGCCAUUCCCUCCCCUACCCUGGACAACGCUGGGCCAAUUGUGCGCCGCCCCAUGAGUCUCCCGGUCGCGGCCGGCUGCGACAGAGCCUGGAUUCGAACCAGGAUCUCUAGUGGCACAGUUAGCACUGCGAUGCAAUGCCUUAGACCACUGCGCCACUCAGGAGGGUGGCGAGAGUGGGGAAACAGAAGAGUCAUUGUCUGUUCUUUUGAGUUUUGAAGGUGAGUCUUUGCCUGAGAAAGUGAGGUUAGGAUAUAUAAGUUAUCCAGUGCGAGCAUAUGUGCCGAAUACCUUAAGAUGUUACAGGUGUCAAACUUAUGGGCAUGUGGCAGCAGUGUGUAGAAGGGAGAUUCCAAGGUGUGAGAAGUGUGCAGAAGGGCAGGAAACAAAGGAGUGUGAAGCAGUGGGGAAAGUGGUGGUGUGUGCUAAUUGUAGGGGUGGCCAUGGGGCUGGGGAUCAGACAUGUCCAGUGCGAGAGAAGCAGGUUGAGGUAUCCAGGGUAAGAGUAGAGAAGAAGUUGUCAUAUGCGGAGGCAGUGAAGAAAGUAGAGGAAGAUGGGUCAAGGGGGAGGGGUCCUGAGAGAAAUGGUGUGAGUAGUAGAGAUGUACAAGUACAGAGGGAUAAACCAAAAAGUGAUAUAUGGAUCAGCAAGAUUGGAUUUUUAGCGUUUAUAGCGAUGGUUCUUAAUUGUACUGCAGGGAUGGAACGCAAAUCGAAGAAAAUUGAGGUGGUGGUGGCAGCUGCAGAGAGAUAUUUGGGUGUGCGAGACUUGACAGUAGAAGAGUUACAGGUAGUGUUAAAUGGCGAUGUCCCAUCAAUUCAGAUUGAGGGCAUGAGGUAGGAGUGAGUGUAUUUAAACAGUGGAGAAGGGUGGGGUUAAUUAUUAGUUGUAGUGUUGAAGGUGUGAGUGUAGUGUUAGAUGGUAGGAUAUUUCUUUGCUUUGGUUUAUUUUAUUUUUCAAGGAAAGGAUAAGGGAGUUGAAGUCCAGUCUAGUAGGUGGCGGUAAAGCAACAAAUUGGAUGCCAACCGCCGUUAAACCUCAUUGAAGAAGAAGAAGAAGAAGAAGGAGACUAGUGUGUGAGUCUGUCUGUCCAGGGCUGGUGUGGUGUUACUGAUGGUUUGUUUACAUAGCAGGUUAGAGGAAUUAACGUAGCAGGUUAGGAUAAUUAACGUGGCAGGUUAGGGGAAUGAGAUUAAGGUUAGGAAAGGGGUAAGUGUUAGGCUUAGCUAAAAUAUUGCUGUUGUGAACAACUGUUGUCCUUGAUGCGACAACUAGAUGGAGCUUUAGGCCUACUCCAUCAAGCCACAACCGUAGAAACGUAAACAAACCAUCAUAACACUCAGUCUCGGUCUGAGGAACAGUCUGGUUCUCAACGUACUGUAGAGAGUUAGAAUAGUAUAAUUUUUUUUAUUGUGUUAUGUCAGUCACUGACAUGGUCAUUCAAUUAGCCCAUGUCAGCUAGCAUUUUUUAGUUUGGUAAGUUAGUCUAGCCAGCAAUCUAAACUUGCAGUAAUCAUGGUCGAAUUACUGACUGGGCAUGCAGGGUACGUGCCCAAGGGCCCUGAUUAUUGCUUUUGUUAGUCACUCUCACUCAAAUAUCAUAUUAACAUGACAUGGCAAAAUGUGUAGAAUUGCAGGGAAUUAGCUUUAAAACUACUAGAAUGUCUCUCCACCCUAUGUCAAAAUGUGUAUAUUUGUAGGAAAUUAGCUGUAAAACUGCUAAAUGUUCUCUAUGUCCCACAGCGAAAUUAGUAGAAUUGCAUGACAUUUUAUUAUAAAAUGUUAUCUCCGCCCCAUGGCAAAAUGAGUAGAAUUGCAGGAAAUUAAUUUUAAAACGUACAUUUUUUCUCUCCAUGUCAAGAGGGGGGCCAGUGUCUGUAUGGGAUAUAGCUAUCAGAUAGUUGGACCAAGUUGUCUUACUGCCAUUGGUAAAGUUACUUGGUGCAAAGUGAUUAACCUGUCUUGACCCUGCAGUUUGACAUGGUACAUCUUGAUUUGGUUUAUUGAUAAGCUGUGCUUAUGAAAGGCGUUUAAUUAAUAUAUACUGAACAAAAAUAUAAACGCAACAUGCAACAAUUGUAAUGAUUUUACCAAGUUACAGUUCAUAUAAGGAAAUCAGUCAAACGAAAUGAAUUCAUUAGGCCCUAAUCUAUGGAUUUCACAUGACUGGGCAGGGGCGCAGCCAUGGGUGGGCCUGGGAGGGCAUAGGUCCACCCACUUGGGAGCCAGGCCCAGCCAAUCAGAAAAAGGCUUUAUUAUAGACAUAAAUACUCCUUAGUUUCAUCAGCUGUCCGGGUGGCUGGUCUCAGACGAUCCCACAGGUGAAGAAGCCGGAUGUGGAGGUCCUGGGCUGGCGUGGUUACACGUGGUCUGCAGUUGUGAGGCUGGUUGGACGUACUGCCAAAUUCCCUAAAACGAUGUUGGAGGCGGAUAUGGUAGAGAAAUUAACAUUCAAUUAUCUGGCUACAGCUCUGGUGGACAUUCCUGCAGUCCGCAUGCCAAUUGCACACUCCCUCAAAACUUGAGACAUCUGUGGCGUUGUGUUGUGUGACAACACUGCACAUUUAAUCAGUUUAUUGAUAGGGUACACCUUUCAGGUGGAUGGAUUAUCUUGUUUUUUUCACUAACCGGAAGUAAACAAAUUUGUCUACAAAAUUUUAGAGAAAUAUACUUUUUGUGCGUAUGGAAGUAUUCUGGGAUCUUUUUAUUUCAGCUCAUGAAACAUGCGAUCAACACUUUUAUAUUUUUGUUCAGUAUAUAUAUAUAUAUUAUUAAGGCCUACAGCAUACGCCUUUAACUUAUUACCUUAGUUGAGCUGCCAUUGGCCCAAUGUGGACCAGUCCAGCAACACUGCCAAGAACCAUCUCUAUUUGUCUGUCUGUAUUUUGUGUCCGUAUAUUCCUGCAUAUACAAACACUUCCGAAACCAUUAGUCCCUUGUGUCCUAUAUCAAAUGACUUCAAUCUAAAUCUUACUCUUGUGGGCUUUAGAUUGCAUGCAUUAAUUGAUGUUCCUUGCCUUGGCCUUACCAGUUUAACGUAAACAUUGGUGCCAUCAUUUAUAAAGGGCUCAAUAAUUCACUUUAUUUUCCAUGUCUUAAAUGACUGUUUGAUAGACAUGGUUCUGUAUGUGUGUAUCACAGUCACCGGUGUUACAGGUUUUGGUUUUUCCAUUUAUGUUUUGAGGUUGGACAUAGGACGCACCGAUUGGCGUCACCUCGUUAGUCAGUAUGUGUUACACCGGUGCUGGUUGCCAUCUCGUUAGUGGGAAGGUGUUUCAACUGUGCUGGCCCAGGUGCUAUUUAAGAGUGACUGGCCCAUUACUCCAGUCAUCUUGAGUGAGGUGGAGGGUUGAGACCUUUAGUGGCAAGUUUGUGUGCUGGACAGGCAAACCGUUAUCUGAUUUCUGUGAUUUUGUUUUGCUCCACCUUUUUGGUUUGCUUCCUGUCUUUAAGUUUGGUGUGUGUUUUUCUUUUGAUUGCCUCUUCUUGGGCAAAUUUAGUGGGUGCAGAUGGUGGGUGUCUUUUAGGUUCCAGUUGAUGUUGCAAGUUAACUUUCAGAGGACACCACCAUGAGUGUCUUUCAGAAACCCUCCUAAAACUCUACCUGUUUAAUUUAGGUUAUUAGUGACUCUUUGUUAGUUCCCCUCUGGGUUUGAGUGACAAUUUUUGGUUUUCUUGCUGGGGAACAUAACAAAAUGGGGGCUCAUCCCUGAUCUUGUUUCCCGUGAGUACGGUAGUCGCUCUAAUAACCUACUCUGAAGCUUUGCUGUGCCCAGAUAAUUGACUGUUCAAAAUACACUUUUGUGGUAGAGUUUUUAUCACUUACAUCCACCCAACGAGGUUAUAAGACUGGUGGAAUCAUUUUGAAAGUUGCAUAAUCACAGGCUUAUGACAUUUUAAAAAGCCAUGGACUUCAAGUUGGAAGUGCUUGUGGAAAACCCUACAUGGGUAAUGCUAGAUAAAUGUACAGUACAAAGGCAAAACUGCUCGACUUUUGCAAAGCAUUAUGACAUCAAGGUGGCAUCUGGUGAUCCAAAGCAGUAGUCAAAGAGUUGAUCGGUACUGCAUUAGUGGAGGAGGAAAUCCUUCAGGAGAGAGAAGCUGAUGAAAAGGGCGCUAUGGGUAGUAUAGUACAUCCCAUAGACAUGCAACUAAGGGAGUUAGAACUAAAGGCAAAGUUGGAGCAACAGAAAUUAAAGCUUGAGCACAAGGAAAGACAGCAUCACAAUGCCAUGUUGAGUUCGCAAGGGAACAAGAAUGUGUUUUUGAUCGGUGGUGUGGUUCUCAAAAGGUCAAGGACCUUGAGGAUUUAAGGUGACUCAUAUUUCUCGAGCAGUUCAAGAAUUGCCUUCAUGAAAUGGUUGCUACCUACAUUUAUGAGCACAAGGAUCUCACUCUUGAGAAAGCUGCAGUCCUUGCAGAUGAGUUUGUGUUGACACAUAAAACUACCGUCACAAACAAAGCAACCAGUAGUUAUCCCUACGCAAAAAGCAAUCCAGAGAUGUCACUUCCCACUGUGAGGUUUGAGUCCUUUUCUACAGUGCCCAAAGAUAAAGAUCGUCAGAAAACUGUUUUUUGUAUCCGCCAGUUUGUCAUUACAGCCAAGAGAAAGGACACAUUGUCUCUGUGUCCUAAGUUGAAACAGAAAAACUAGAGAGAAAAAGCAGUUUGUUCUUGUGGGAGCACUGGUGUAUCUCCUAAACAAGAUUUUGGAUCAGAUGUGUAUGAACCCUUUGUUUCAGACGGGUUUCGUCUCUCUGCAUAGUGGCGAUGCUGUUAAGCAGCCGGUGUAGAUACUGUGAGACACUGGGGAAGUCCAUUCCUUCAUUUUGGAGGGUGUUUUGCUUUUUUCGGACACUUCAGCAACUGGUUACAGUGUUGCAUGGAAUUUCCUUUGUAAAAUUGGAACUCGAGUCUGAUCUUAUUUCUGGUUCUGUUGUCGUUGGCGUGAGGCCUAGCCUACCGGUGAAGGGGGUCUCAUUCAUUUGGGGGAAACAAUUUGGCUGGAGGGAAGGUUGUGCCAAAUCCUGUCGUUUGUAAGGAACCCAGAGUAGAGGAACCUGAUGGGUUAUCAGAAAAGUACCCUAGCGUGUUCCCAGCGUGUGCUGAUACACAUGCUAUGUCUAAGAAAGUUGCCUGGAGCAAGUCUAGUGUUGAGGAGGAUGUCAGCAAUCCCACCAUGGUUGAUCUGUCUGAGACAUUAAUGGGUGAUCCUGAUUUCGGUUAACCUCCUGAUUUGACCUCUCCUUUGAAAACCCCAAAGGUGAGUAACUUUGUAGGACUGCUGAAGGAAGAGAAGGUUCCUACAGUUGACACUUCAAUGUCUAGGAAGUAGCUGAUUGCUGAAGAGAGUAAAGAUGUUUCCCUCUCCCCUCUUUUUGCUGGGAUACACUAUAUAUACAAAGGUAUGUGGACACCCCUUCAAAUGAGUGGAUUCAGCUAUUUCAGCCACACCUGUUGCAGGACAAACUUUGAUGAAGUUUGUGUGGGUUACUUUGACAGAGAUGGUGUUCUAAUGAGGAAAUUAUGUUCUCGCGCCACUUCUGGGCAAGAUGAUUGUCCCAGUGUGUCACAAAUUGUUGUUCCAGUUACAAUUCGACAAGAGAUACCGAGGUUGGCUCAUGAUAGUAGUAUGGCAGGCCAUCUUGGGGUCAACAAGACGUAUGACUGUGUCUUGCAUAACUACUUCUGGCCUGCUGGGGAACGUAACACCGGGAGGAAUGCAUUCCUUCACCGAGGGAACAAUAAAACCAUUUAAACUGAGAACCAAAAACCCAAGCAUAGCCAUGCGGGCCCAGAAGUCAAACGGCAGAUGUUACAAGAUAGGCCAGUCUACACUGCUUUGAAGAGUUGUAUUUAUUACCGCUACGCUGUUUCGGGGGGCAAGCAUUCUCAUCUCCACCCUCACAGGACACGGGGAACUAAUGUGAAUGUUUGUAAAACUGCCAGGUGACUUUUCCUUUUACCAAGGCUUAGGUCCUCCUUGCAGUACACUUAAAGGGCAACUCCACCACUUUUCAACCUCAUUUUUAUUAUAUCCAGCACAAUACCGGUGUCCACAGAUGUGAAAACGGCGCAUUUCUACAAUUACAAAAAUACAUAUGUAAAGUUUUUAAAAACAGUGAUUUUCAAACACUAUGAGAUCCGCGGUAAUGUGGGCUAGGCAGGUUUUGAAAAUCAAAAUUGUUCUUACUUUUAAUCCUACCCUGUGAUGUCACAUACAGUUGAAGUCGGAAGUUUACAUACACCUUAGCCAAAUACAUUUAAACUCAGUUUUUCACAAUUCCUGACAUUUAAUCCUAGUAAAAAUUCCCUGUCUUAGGUCAGUUAGGAUCACCACUUUAUUUUAAGAAUGUGAAAUGUCAGAAUAAUAGUAGAGAGAAUGAUUUAUUUCAGUUUUGAUUUAUUUCAUCACAUUCCCAGUGGGUCAGAAGUUUACAUACACUCAAUUAGUAUUUGGUAGCCUUGCCUUUAAAUUGUUUAACUUGGGUCAAACAUUUCGGGUAGCCUUCCACAAGCUUCCCACAAUAAGUUGGGUGAAUUUUGGCCCAUUCCUCCUGACAGAGCUGGUGUAACUGAGUCAGGUUUGUAGGCCUCCUUGCUCGCACACGCCUUUUCAGCUCUGCCCACACAUUUUCUAUAGGAUUGAGGUCAGGGCUUUGUGAUGGCCACUCCAAUACCUUGACUUUGUUGUCCUUAAGCCAUUUUGCCACAACUUUGGAAGUAUGCUUGGGGUCAUUGUCCAUUUGGAAGACCCAUUUGCGAACAAGCUUUAACUUCCUGACUGAUGUCUUGAGAUGUUUCUUCAAUAUAUCUUACAUAAUUUUCCUUCCUCAUGAUGCCAUCUAUUUUGUGAAGUACACCAGUCCCUCCUGCAGAAAAGCAACCCCACAGCAUGAUGCUGCCACCCCCGUGCUUCACGGUUGGGAUGGUGUUCUUCAGCUUGCAAGCGUUCCCCUUUUUCCUCCAAACAUAACGAUGGUCAUUAUGGCCAAACAUUUAUAUUUUUGUUUUAUCAGACCAGAGGACAUUUCUCCAAAAAGUACGAUCUUUGUCCCCAUGUGCAGUUGCAAACCGUAGUCUGGCUUUUAUAUGGCGGUUUUGGAGCAGUGGCUUCUUCCUUGCUGAGCGGCCUUUCAGGUUAUGAAGAUAUAGGACUUGUUUUACUGUGGCUAUAGAUACUUUUGUACCUGUUUCCUCCAGCAUCUUCUUGUUCUGGGAUUGAUUUGCACUUUUCGCACCAAAGUAUGUUCAUCUCUAGUAGACAGAACGCGUCUACAUCCUGAGCGGUAUGACGGCUGCGUGGUCCCAUGGUGUUUAUACUUGCGUACUAUUGUUUGUACAGAUGAACGUGGUACCUUCAGGCAUUUGGAAAUUGCUCCCAAGGAUGAACCAGACUUGUGGAGGUCUACAAUAUUUUUUUCUAAGGUCUUGGCUGAUUUCUUUUGAUUUUCCCCAUGAUGUCAAGAAAAGAGGCACUGAGUUUGAAGGUAGUUCUUGAAAUACAUCCACAGGUACACCUCCAAUUGACUUAAAUGAUGUCAUUUAGCCUAUCAGAAGCUUCUAAAGCCAUGACAUCAUUUUCUGGAAUUUUCCAAGCUGUUUAAAGGCACAGUCAACUUAGUGUAUGUAAACUUCUGACCCGCUGGAAUUGUGAUACAGUGAAUUAUAUGUCUGUAAAAAUUUGUUUGGAAAAAUGACUUGUCAUGCACAAAGUAGAUGUCCUAACCGACUUGCCAAAACUAUAGUUUGUUAACAAGAAAUGUGUGGAGUGGUUGAAAAAAUGACAUAAGUGUAUGUAAACUUCCGACUUCAACUGUAUGUAGACACAGGUUUGGUGCUGGAGAUAAUGACUGUGAGGCUGAGAAGUUGGAAUUGCCCUUUCAGGUUAUGGGAGGGAAGGCGCAAACCCUUCAGGACAAAGCAAUCAUCUGAACAGUAGCAACCCACUGUGCAAGAACUGGUUGAAUCAAAGAUGUUUUCACAUAAUUUCAACCAGAAAAGUAAAUGUGAUCAAAUCAAAUCAAAUUGUAUUUGUCACAUGCGCCGAAUACAACAGGUGUAGAGCUUACAGUGAAAUGCUUACUUACAAGCCCUUAACCAACAAUGCAGUUUUAAGAAAGAAUACCUACAAAAAUAAGAAAGAAAAGUAACAAACAAUGAAAGAGCAGCAGUAAAAUAACAAUAGCGAGGCUAUAUACAGGGGGUACCAGUACCGAGUCAAUGUGUGGGGGCACUGGUUAGUCGAGGUAAUUGAGGUAAUAUGUACAUGUAGGUAGAGUUAUUAAAAUGACUAUGCAUAUAUAAUAAACAGAGAGUUGCAGCAGCGUAGAUCUUGGCCUCAGUGAUGUCCUGGGCUGUACACACUACCCUCUGUAGUGCCUUGCAGUCGGAGGCCGAGCAGUUACCAUACCAGGCAGUGAUGCAACCAGUCAGGAUGCUCUCGAUGGUGCAGCUGCAGAACCUUUUGAGGAUCUUAGGACCCAUGCCAAAUCUUUUCAGUCUCCUGAGGGGGAAUAGGUUUUGCUGUGCCCUCUUCACAACUGUCUUGGUGUGCUUGGACCAUGUUAGUUCGUUGGUGAUGUGGACACAAAGGAACUUGAAGCUCUCAACCUGCUCCACUACAGCCCCGUCGAUGAGAAUGGGAGUGUUCUCGGUCCUCCUUUUCCUGUAGUCCACAAUCAUCUCCUUUGUCUUGAUCACGUUGAGGGAGAGGUUGUUGUCCUGGCACCACACAGCCAGGUCUCUGACCUCCUCCCUAUAGGCUGUCUCAUUGUUGUCGAUGAUCAGGCCUACCACUGUUGUGUCAUCGGCAAACUUAAUGAUGGUGUUGGAGUCGUGCCUGGCCAUGCAGUCAUGAGUGAACAGGGAGUACAGAAGGGGACUGAGCACGCACCCCUGAGGGGCCCCUGUGUUGAGGAUCAGCGUGGCAGAUGUGUUGUUACCUACCCUUACCACCUGGGGGGUGGCCCGUCAGGAAGUCCAGGAUCCAGUUGCAGAGGGAGGUAUUUAGUCCCAGGGUCCUUAGCUUAGUGAUGAGCUUUGAGGGCAAUAUGGUAUUGAACGCUGAGCUGUAGUCAAUGAAUAGCAUUCUCACAUAGGUGUUCCUUUUGUCCAGGUGUGAAAGGGUAGUAUGGAGUGCAAUAGAGAUUGCAUCAUCUGUUGAAUCAACGUGGAAAACUGAUUGUAUUUGAAAAAAGGAAACAACGUAAGGGAAUUUCAUAUGUUUUUCACCCAACUUUUAACCCAAAUCCAAUGACAUGGUGCGUUUUUUGUUGUUGAUUUCACGUUGAAUUCACAUUUGCUGAUAACUCAACCAAAUGUAAAUCAAUACUAAACGUUGAACUGACAUCUGUGCCCAGUGGGAAGGGGGUGCAAGUAUAACCCUAUAUAUAAUGUUUGAUUUUAUACAUUCAUGUUCCCCAAUAAUAAUUGUCUCCUGGAAAACACUAAUGAAAAACUUUGGUUCCUACCCUAUUACAUGCACUUCAGAAAGACAGGUUGACUGAGAAUUUGGACAUAGCAGCUCACAGCUUUUGACAGUGAGACUUUUCUUUCUUUCUGCCAAAUGGUAGCAUACAGCUCUGAAAACUGAUUUAGGCCUAAUUUCCCUUGCUAUAGACUCUAGCUCCGGAAUCAUGCAAAUAUGGGGUUAGUCCCAUUCCUCCAUCAUGGUCCGAAAGCGGGAGACAGAUGUAGGGGGAACAGAGCGCCAAUGGUCUGUCUGUCCCACCGCUCCCAGCUAACCUAACUUGUCAGGUGUAAAAUAAACGUCUGAGCGGCAUUUUCCUUCUUUAACUGUCGGGGGAGGUUCUCUUCUGCACUGUUCAACCAAUCCAGCAAAUGUGGAGGAGGAGUUAAGAUGGAGUAUUGCCUUGUUAACUCAGAAAUACCAGAGAUACCUUUGAGGAGAUGGGAAACUCCAUUGGAAUUGUAUCAAAGCCCACUGUGUACGUUGCCCGUACGUUGUCAAUGGGCCGCGCAGUGCAUUCUGGGUACACUCCGACAAGGAAAUCUCUCAUUCAAGGAGUCAAUGGCAGUCAUUUGGGCGCUAGCAGAAAAACCCGACAUGAGCAUGAAUUAUGUGAACAAGAAGCUUGUGACGUUAAGUUAUUUUGAGGAAAAUAGGCAGGUUUCUCGACUCAUACCCUGACUUUUAGAAGGGAUUGUUUGAUGAUUAGCUUAGCAACAGCGUGACGCAGCCUGACAACGUGAACGCGAUUGGUCAACAGGCUGCUGGGUGGGGCAUUAUACGUUUCCCCAUUCAUUGGCCACUGAGAUUCCUAUCUCCUCUGAAGUAUAUCUGGUAUACUGAAAUACUGGUUAACAUCCAAAAGCAGAAGUCGUGUCACAGGCUGUCUUCCAUUUCCCCUAUAGAGAAUGAUAGCGGCCUCUAGUGAUCAAAAGGCCGUAUUAGCAACGGCAGCGCCAUUGAGGGCUUCCACCAUUUUAAUGUACUACUUCCAACUUCAUUGGCUGAUCCCUCCUGAUGGCCCUAUUGGAGUCAUGUCCAACAGAGUCAUCAGGAGGGAUCAGCCAAUCGUGAAGAAUACAUUUUACUAUUUCAAAAUGGAGAUUGCCUCAAUGGCACUGCCCAUGCUGUCACAGACGCUAUUAUGGCACAGAUACAAAGACGAGUCCUCUAUCUUACUCUAUGGUUUCCCCUGAAAACCAGAGGCAUCUGGUUACAACCAUCCCCGCUGAAGGUGCUCCCAGUCCAGCCAGCCUUCUCUCUCCCUCCGUUGCGCAGCACCGCAGGACUAGAGCGCUAGACUCACUAUGGCAUCCACCGCAGCACGGACUCUCUUAGUGCUUUUCGUCACCUUCUGUGCAUCAAGUACUGGAUUAACAGGUAAAAUCACCCUUUUGAUUUUGAUUUUCAGAGCAGAUGCAUGGUUUCAGUUUUUCACUAGUGAGGUAGUACUUUAUUGAUUGAUUUAUGUCUGGGAUUGGUGGAGCUGGGCUAAUAGCCUAAUCGAUAAUCAAUGGAUUAUUUGUUUACCCGAUCAAUAUAAUAUAUCCAUUUCCCAAUCGGCAAUUGUUUUUCUUUGUUUGUUUUAUAUCAUGUCAAGAAACCGAUAGCUUCUAAUUGACCUGCUGCUUGGACAUAGAUUAUAAUGACCACGUCGCAUUGCAGGAGAAAGUGUGUGUGUGAGAGAAUAAUUUUAGCAAAUCUUCUGGUUUGUGUGGCAUAAACAAACUAUGCAAAAGAGGAGGGAAAGUCUAUUAUUUUGUGGACAAAUUAUCAAAAGAAAAAUGCUUAACAGUUUGCAGAUGGGGAAAGAACAUACCAGUCAAAGUGAGCAAUAAUAAUGAAUUUGGACCGUGAAACUAGGUCUUUCAUCGUUUCUGGUCUGGAAGGAAAAUGUGAUGUAUCCUUUUGAGCGCAGGAAUUAUGGAAUAUGCGUUUACCUCAUAGGCGCACACUGAAGUAGCUUUACUCUACAAUUAAAAUAAGAUGACAAUAUUAGAUCGUAAGCCAUAUGGUUAGAAUCAAUCACCAGAACACAAAUAUAAAGAAAAAACUGCUUUGAUUUAUAAUGGGACGUCACAGUGCCAGAAGGGUGAUCUAAUUGGCGCGAGUAGCAACUCCAACAUCGCAGGGAGAGGGGGCAAGGAGGAAGUGGUUGACUUUCUCAUAAAGUUUCUGUCAAUCUCGCUCCUUCUGCAUCUAGGUGUCACUAUAGCAUCCACGUAUUAUCAGUUGGACUUUUAUUGGGAUGAAUCUUGUCCUGGAGGCAGAGCUGAAGGAUUUCCUCUAGAUGGGCCAGCUGCAAAGUCAAAGUUGACUAUACAGUGCCUUCAGAAAGUAUUCAUACCCCUUGACUUAUUCCAUAUUUUGUUGUGUUACAGCCUGAAUUCAAAAUGGAUUAAAUAGAUUAUACACACAAUACCCCUCAAUGACAAAGUGAAAAUAUGCUUUUAGAAAAUUUGGCAAAUUUUUUGAAAAUUAAAUAAAGAAAUAUCUCAUUUAUAUAGGUAUUCACACCCCUGAGUCAAUACUUUGUAGAAGCACUUUUGGCAUUGAUUACAGCUGUGAGUAUUUCUGGGUAAGUCUCUAAGAACUUUCCACACCAUUUGCCCAUUAUUAUUUUCAAAAUUCUUCAAGCUCUGUCAAAUUGGUUGUUGAUCAUUGCUAGACAACCAUUUUCAGGUCUUGCCAUAGAUAUCCAAAUAGAUUUAAAUCAACACUGUAACUCGGCCACUCAGGAACAUUCACUGUCUUCUUGGUAAGCAACUCCAGCACAGGAGGUUGGUGGCACCUUAAUUGGGGAGAACGGGCUUGUGGUAAUGACUGGAGCGGAGUCGGUGGAAUGGUAUCAAAUACAUCAAACACAUGGUUUCCAGGUGUUUGAUGCCAUUCCAUUCACUCCAUUCUGGAGUUAUUAGCCGUUCUCCCAAGCAGCAACCUCCUGUGAACUCCAGUGUAGAUUUGGCCUUGUAUUUUAGGUCAUUGUCCUGUGAAAGGUGAAUUAAUAUCCCAAUGUCUGGUGGAAAGCAGAUUGAACCAGGUUUGCCUCUAGGAUUUUGCCUGUGCUUAGCUCCAUUACGUUAAUUUUUUAUCCUGAAAACUCCCCAGUCCUUAACGAUUACAAGCAUACCGAUAACAUGAUGCAGCCACCACUUUGCUUGAAAAUAUGGAGAAUGGUACUCAGUAAUGUGUUGUAUUGGAUUUGCCCCAAACAUAACACUUUCUAUUCAGGACAGAAAGUGAAUUGCUUUUAUUCUAUACAGGGUCAGUUAGGUUAGUGUUGUGGAGUAACUACAAUGUUGUUGAUCCAUCCUCAGUUUUCUCCAAUCACAGCCAUUCAACUCUGUAACUGUUUUAAAGUCACCAUUGGCCUCAUGCUGAAAUCCCUGAGCGGUUUCCUUCCUCUCCGGGAACUGAGUUAUGAAGGACGUCUAAUUUUUUUUUACCCAUCUACCAAUAGGUGCCCUUCUUUGCGAGGCAUUUGAAAACCGCCCUGCUUUUUGUGGUUGAAUCUGUGUUUAAAAUUCACUGCUCGACUGAGGGACCUUACAAUUAUCUGUAUGUGUGGGUACUCAGAUGAGGUAGCCAUUCAAAAAUCAUGUUAAUAAGAGUCUAUUGACUCCCCCGUGCGUCAAUCUAAGUAACAUUUGUAAAAAAAAUCCUCAUCAAAAUCCGUCAGUUUAAGCUAGAGAUAUGGGCUGCGUCUCAAUCCAACGCAUCUGCCUACGUCCGCCUUCCACAUCUGUGGUGGAAGGUCACCGAGCUACAGCUGUGUUUGUCAGACCAUGAGACAUCCUCAAAUUCGGUCUUCUCACAAAAACGUUUGUAGCGUGUCGACCACUCUAUGGAAAGAUGAGACUCUCUCGAACAGGAUGGUGUUUUCCGUUUUGCUCUACGACCCCCACAAACCCCAUGGGACUCAUCUGAAGUCGGUACCGCAGAUGUGCCAACUUCUGUCUGUAGCGUCCAAACUGUUUGGGCUACAAACUAAUAUGACCCCACUAUGGAAAGGGGAGAUUCUCCGUUUUGCUCUACGACCUCCACAAGUGUCACAGGACUCAUCUGAAGGUAACCGGUACCGGUUUUAAAAAAAUAAUGGAAGUAUGGAGGUAGAUUUGUGCCCCCCCCCAAAAAAGGGGCAAAAUAUGUGUCCAAAAACACAAAUAUUUCCUAAGCUUUCUUAUAUCUCCUAGAUAUAGGAAAGACACUUCAAAACCUUAUUCCUUAUGAUUUAUUUUGUGACUGUCUGUUUUGACAUUUAUGAAUGGAUUAUUCAAAGUGUGUCUAUGGGUUAUAGUAGUAAUGGCCAAAUUCAAAAUUGUAUCAAAUAUUGUUAUAUUUUUUUGAUACCUAAAUGAUCCAUGGUAUGACCACCUUAAAACAAUUCCAUAUGACUAUGUGACUUGUUAAGCAAAUUGUUACUCUUUAACUUAUUUAGGCUUGACAUAACAAAGGGGUUGAAUUCUUAUUGACUCAACACUUUUCAGCUUUUCAUUUUAGAAAAAACAUAAUUCCACAUUGACAUUAUGGGGUAUUGUGUGUAGGCCAGUGACUAAAAAUCGUAAUUUAAUCCAUUUGAAAUGCAGACUAUAACACAACAAAAUGUGGAAAAAGUCAAGGAGUGUGAAUACUUUCUGAAGGCACUGUAAAAAUCCAUGAAAACAAAAAUGUACUUUUUGGUCUUAAUGUAUUGUUGUUUUAGUUUUUAAAUAUACAUUUCAUUUUCAUUUCUAUUUCCACUUUUCAAAAAUAUUUAAGUGGUAUUUAAAUUAUAUUAUCAUUAUUUUAAUUUGUUUUACUUUUUUACUUUUUACCCCUUUUUUGUGAUAUCCAAUUGGUAGUUACAGUCUUUAAAUAUAUUUUUUAAAUCCAAUCAGGAUUUCUCUUUGGUUGUCUCUGGGGAGAUAAAUCCAGCUACCUAAUUCAGUCCCAUCGCUGCAACUCCCGUACGGACUCGGGAGAGGCGAAGGUCGAGAGCCAUGCGUCCUCUGAAACACGACCCUGGCAAGCCGCACUGCUUCUUGACACACUGCUCGCUUAACCCGGAAGCCAGCCACACCAAUGUGUCGGAGGAAACGCCAUACAACUGGCGACCGAAGUCAGCGUGCAUGUGCCCAGCCCGCCACAAGGAGUCGCUAGAGUGCGAUGGGACAAGGACAUUUACAUUUACAUUUACAUUUUUGUCAUUUAGCAGACGCUCUUAUCCAGAUCGUAAUUGACAUCCCGGCCGGCCAAACCCUCCCCUAACCCGGACGACGCUGGGCCAAUUGUGCGCCGCCUCAUGGGUCUCCCGGUCGCGGCAGCUGUGACACAGCAUGUGAUCAAACACAGGUCUGUAGUGAUGCCUCCAGCACCGCGGUGGAAGCUCGCCGAGCUACAGCGUGUUCGUCAGACCACUUUCUUUUUUUAAAAGCUAGAGUUUUGGAGAAGAGUAGCCAGCUAAUCCCUGUUGAGCUGAUUUAGCUGCUACGUUACAAUAGCCCUCUCUUCUCCCUUACCCUCUCUCCCCUAUCUCCUCUCUCUAUCUCUCUCCAUUUCUCAUUAAAUCUUUCUUAACCCUCUCUGUCUGACUUUCUUAUUUCUAAUUCCGGUCUUUACUCACUUUCUCUAUUCUCUCUCUCUCUCUCUCCCCCCCCCCCCUCUCUCUCUCUCUCUCUCCUCUCUCUCUCUCUCUCUCUCUCUCUCUCUCUCUCUCUCUCUCUCUCUCUCUCUCUCUCUCUCUCUCUCUCUCUCUCUCUCUUUCAUUCUCUCAGACAGUACAUGCUUAGUGAGUGAGGUCAUCCAAUGAAUUCUGAGUCUACAAACUUAGAUGCUGUUUGUUGUGGUUUAGUCCUUUUCUUGUCCACUGCUCCCCCUUCCUCUUUUACUCCUCUUCACUCCUCCACACUUCCACAUAGUACUGAGGGCUAUUCAUUUCUUACGAUAAGCACUUAGUAAAAGCACAAAAGUCUAAAAUCCCCAAAAGCCUAGCCAAGUCUGGCACUAGCAUUGUGAUGAACAGAGUAAGAGGAGUUCUGGGGAGGGACCUGGCUCUUGAACAGAGUGGAAAGGAGGUCAUUGGUUGGAUGACCGAGAGAGAGAGAGAGAGAGAGAGAAAGAGAGAUUCAAGUUAGAGAAAAGCAGAAGGGGAAAAGCGGGAAUCAUGUCCUCACAAGCCACAGGAAUUUCUCCAUUCCACCUCACCAAGAGGAAUUCUACAGGAGCACUUGAUUGGCAGAUCUCAGAUUGAGCUUUGGGCUUGAACUGUAACACAGGGGAAAAUCCAGGUAGAGAGAAACAUGUAUUGAGACUUACAGACAGGGAGAGACAGCAUGUAGCUAAUACUUUCCAACGUGUCGACUGCGAAAGUGUUUGAUCACCUGACGUGGGGCCGACCCAGGCUCUCUCACGUGUCACUCAGGUGUCCGUCAACCCUGCCGCUGAUGGGUCUCACGUCAUGAUGUCAUCUCUGGGCGUGGCUAUGUUUGGGUAAACAGGUAGCACCUGGGCGAUGUGAACAUCUGUCACAUAGAUAGAGAGAGAGAGUGUGUGUAGAGAGUGUGUGUGUUAGAGGAAAUGUGUUUGUAUAGAGAGAAAAGGUGAACUCCUAAUUCACAGGAUUAGCAGUAGGCAUCAUUGCAGUGUAGUUUUACUCAUACCCUCUGCUGGUUAUAGAGAACCAUGAUGUCAUGAUGGUUUGGGGUUGGUGUAUUGAUUUUGUGAAGGGAUGAGGAAGGGAUAUUGGGCCAUGGUUUCACUGGUUCUGUGAAUUUGUGGAGGGUUGUAUGUGGGUUAGAGGGCAUAUUGAGGUCAGUGUGUGUGUGUGUAUGCGUGUGUGUGUGUUGUGGGGAAAAAGGGGUUGGCAGGCUAUACAAAUCAGACCUGCAGAGAAGCACAGGUGCAUGACCCAGAGGGUUUCCAAGACAAUUUUUAGAAGAGGCUAAGACAUAACCUUAGGGCUUACUUCUGCACAUGCUGCUUGCUCUGUUGCACACACACACACACACACACACACACACACACACACACACACACACACACACACACACACACACACACACACACACACACACACACACUUUCCUAAAAACCAGGGACACACACACUUUCACACAUUUCCCCUUACACAACACUAAAACUUUCCUCAUUCCUUACAUAGUCAAACUAUCAUAAUCUCUCUCUCUCACAUACACACACACAAACACACAUGCACAGUAUUUUAGGGUUAUCUUGGGAAUAAACAAAUAAAAGCCAAAUUAGUAUGACGCUAUAAAACAGCAUAAAUAUAAUUACCACAGUUACACUACAACCUCUUGAACUCCAGCCAGACUAUCUAGAUUAUGAUAUUAGCUUCACAGUUAACUCGCUCCCUCCAUAAAUGGUUUAUUAUUAGACAGUGAUCUUUGCACUUUAAAGACUCUUGAUUCAAUGACAACUCCUGCCUCGUCCUCGGAUCAUACAUUUCCAAACAAGCCAAAUCAUAGAUCGAUGUCUGGAUAGAGGGAGGGAAGGAGCCAAUCUCUUCCUACGUAAUACUGCCUUUUAUUGGAAACAGUGCGCCUGUGUUUGAUGCGGCUCCAGAGUUAUGUCCUUACUGUACGUCUCCAACAGCUGAUGAGGCACACACCAUCUUAAGCCUGAAUUAAUGAAGGAGUAAUAAAGAGGUAGAGUUUUAUGUUCUUGUUUUAAGACGUUGUCUAGCGUACACACAAACAUACACACACACAAUCAUGCAGGCACACACACACACAAAAACACACUGCACACUGUGUCGCUUUCUCACACACACACACAAACACACUGCACACUGUGUCACAUUCUCACACACACACACACUGUGUCGCUCUCUCCCUCUCACACACACACAUGUAUCUCCAGUUAUCGUGUUAGGUUCUGUGUUCCUGGACUAGGCGCCAGAGCGGUUGCAUCAUACAGUAAGCAGACAUAGUGAUGAGAAGCGCUUUCAGCACACAGGAAAAAUAUAGAGGAAGGCAGAGACAACAGAUCAGUCCAAUAAAGAGUUGGGAGCCUGCUUACUGCAGUUGGAUUGACAGGAGUUACUAGUGGCUCCCACAAACUGUUUUGGAUCAUGAAACCCUGAUUUCCACCUGGAAUUGAUGAGCGAGGAGGAUUCUAACUGAACUGACACCUGGAAACUACUGUAGGAGACUUCUACAGACAGUUAGUGAAUGUGAUGAUGAAGCCACCCUGUUGGAGAGGUUGCACACUGAUCAUGAGCAUCAGAUGGGGAUAUCUUUAGACAGUUCAGGACUUCAUGAUGUUUCAUAUUCACUUAGCAGAUACAUAUGUACUGUAACCAUAACUCCUGUGCACCCCUUUGACUAUGUGUAAUACAUGUAUUUUGGCAUUACAGAAGAUAAGAAUCAGCUGAAGAUGUGUUAUCUGUGCAAACAAUAGGUGUAUUUAAAGAAAAUCAAUAGCAGUCUUACUGGCAUUGUUUGUGAUCGUGAUGAAUUCAGUUAUGUUAUGUUCUUCGUGAGCAUCACAACUGGAGUGUUAUCGAUGCUGAAUCAUUAUCAACUGCUGGAGAUGUAUCAACUGCACACUCACACCCUCCAUUCAUACAGGUUACAUUGGGAGUUUUAUAUUAAUGUUUUAAUACAUUUUCAACACUAUCAAAAGAAAGGAUAUACAAAGAGAUCACAAAUGUUUUCUUUCCAUAUGUAUUUUGUUUUUUAAAAUUGUAUUAUACUGGUAUUUGCUUUGUUUGGAAUAAAUGCAGGUAAAAAGAAGACAGAAAUCUUGUUUUCAUUUCAUUGAUCAGCCCCUUCUCCUCCUUCUUUUGAAUAUUUACCAACAUUUAGUAUUCUAGAAUGCUUUAAUUUAUUGAACAUUUUAUGUGUGUGUGUGUGUGUGUGUGUGUGUGUGUGUGUUGUGGGGUGUGUGUGUGUGUGUUAGCCGAUAAGCCCCUGCGGCCGCGUAACGUGCAGCUGACGUCGGUGGACAAGGGCCUGAGGGUAAGCUGGGAACCUCCCAAUGAGCUGGACGGUCGGCCGGUGGACCGCUACAACAUUGGCUACGGCAAGUCCAUGAGGACACUGCGCUUCAUCAAGGUGGACAAGGACAGACGGUCUGAGGUACUGGAGGAUGUAGGUAAGAGAGAGUGGCAAGAGAGAGAGAGAGAGAGAGAGAGAGAGAGAGAGAGAGAGAGAGAGAGAGAGAGAGAGAGAGAGAGAGACAGAGACAGAGACAGAGACAGAGACAGAGACAGAGACAGAGACAGAGACAGAGACAGAGACGAUUGAAACCAAAUGGGGAUAUCUCUUAGUCUGCUCUCUGCAGGAGCUCUUUUUCUCUCUGAGGUACAGACAGGCAGAGUGGAGCACAGAGAGAGAAUGUUAGAGAGACAGAGGGAGAGAAAGAGCGAGGUUUUGCCUAAACUACGGAGUGUGUUUCAGAGCCCGGAGUUCUGCACUUUCUCAAGAUGAGUGCCGAGAACGAGGAGGGGAUGAGCAAACCUGUGUACAGAGCAGAGACACCAGGAGGUGAGGUGUGUGUGUGUGUGUGUGCAUGUGCAUGUGCUUGCGUUUAUGCGUGUGUGUGCGUGUAUGCGUGCUGGCAGUACGUGUUCCACUGUAAACCAGAAGGUGGGAGACCUAUUUUAACACAUGUUGUUAAACGUGUAGUUUGGGCUAACAGUGUUUUUACAGUCACAACAAACCCCAACUAAAACAUGAGUACUGAGAGGCAGUAUCAGCAUAGUUAUUUUAGAUUUUUACUGGGGCAUUCUUUUUUGGGCUUUAAGGGUUUCUCUGGUUAUUCUUAAUCUCACCUUAUAAAACCCAAUUCAAGACCUGAAGUGUUUAUACACAUAGGCAGCAGCAGUUGCUGCAGUAUAAAAGCUACCAAGCCUGCUUUUGUCAUUAUUCCAUUUUCCUCUGAGCUUGGAGCUUGGCAUCACAGGGCUAUACUUCAUCAGCAGCCCAAGCGUGGGGCCAGCCCUUGUUUUCCCCUUCCAAUCUCAGCCUCGGUCCAAUAACCCAAACCCAUGUGUUGUGGUUAAUCACUGACUCUCUGUCUGUGUGUGUGUGCGUGUGUGUGUGUGGAGGGACCGGGAGGUGUGUGUGUGCUUGAGCUUGUGCGUGUGUGCGUCAAUGCGUGUGUGUGUGUCUGUGUACCCCAUCUGUCAAAGUUGUGGUUGCUCACUGCAUGUAUGUCUGGAUGUGUGUGUGUGUGUGUGUGUGUGUGUGUGUGUGUGUGUGUGUGUGUGUGUGUGUGUGUGUGUGUGUGUGUGUGUGUGUGUGUGUGUGUGUGUGUGUGUGUGUGUGUGUGUGUGUGUGUGUGUGUGUGUGUGUGUGUGUGUGUGUGUCGUGUUGUGGUCCCAGCGGUCUAUCCAACACUAUUCACAUAAAUCAGUGCAGACGCUUGUGUGUGUGUGCGCGCGCGUGUGUGUGAGACGAUGUGCUCCUUGCAGAUCGAUCUGUUCCCACAGCAUACUAGCAGCAUUAGUCACCGUAAAUAACACCAUGUUGCUUCUGCAUCAUUAAUGCGUCUGGCCAGACUUAGCGCUCUAUUAUAACAACAUGCCCAUAAUAUGACUUACGGAUGGAGAGGAAGAGAGGGAGAGAGGGAAAGGGAGAGAGACAGAAGGAGGGAGAGAGAUGGGGAGAAACAGAGAGAGAGAGAGAGAGAGAGAGUGACAACUUGACUGAAAUGUCUGUAACAAUAACAUCAUACUUUCCAGUACUAAUAAAUCAAAUCAAAGUUUAUUUGCCACGUGCCGAAUACAACAGGUGUAGACAUUACAGUGAAAGGCUUACUUACAAGCCCUUAACCAAUGCAGUUUUUAAAGAAAUAAAAAAAGUGUUAAGUAAAAAAAAAGAAAAAAGAAAAUAAUUAAAGAGCAGCAGUAAAAUAAAAUAACAGUAGCGAGGCUAUAUACAGUGGGGGAAAAAAGUAUUUAGUCAGCCACCAAUUGUGCAAGUUUGUCACGAUCGUCGAGGAGUGAAGGAGACCAAGGCGCAGCGUGUGAAACGAACAUGGUACUUUAUUAAGUUAAAGCACGACAAAACAACAAAUCAAAGCGACGAAUGUGAAGUCCAAUAGUGACAAAGACUAAACAGGAACAAUAACCCACAAUGCCCACAAGAAAACAUACAGAAUAAAUAUGGCUCCCAAUCAGAGAUAACGAGCCGACAGCUGACACUCGUUACCUCCGAUUGGGAGUCAAUGACCAAACCUAGAAAUACACACAACAGAACUACCAACAUAGAAACACACCCAAAACACAACCAACCGAAUACACCCUUACAACCAACCCCACAACAAAUACCCAACAAAACAAAUACACCCUGGCUCAAAUCCAAAAGUCCCGGAGCCAGAGUGUUACAGUACCCCCCCCUAAAGGUGCGCACUCCGGGCGCACCAGCAUACAGUCUCGGGGAGGGUCUGGGUGGGCGUCUGUCCACAGUGGCGGUUCUGGCCCUGGUCGUGGUCCCCACCCCACCUUAGUCACCACCCGCUUCCCUAGCCUCCUCCACAUGACCACCCCCCAAUUAAACCCCACUGGAUUAAGGGGCGGCACCGGACUAAGGGGCAGCACCGGACUAAGGGGCAGCACCGGACUAAGGGACAGUACCUGACUAGCUGGUUCUGGCGGAUCCUGGCUGGACGGCUCUGGCGGAUCCUGGCUGGACGGCUCUGGCGGAUCCUGGCUGGCGGAAGGCUCUGGCUGAUCCCGGCUGGAAGGCUCUGGCGGAUCCCGGCUGGACGGCUCUGGCGGAUCCUGGCUGGACGGCUCUGGCGGAUCCUGGCUGGACGGCUCUGGCGGAUCCUGGCUGGACGGCUCUGGCGGAUCCUGGCUGGCGGAAGGCUCUGGCUGAUCCUGUCUGGCGGAAGGCUCUGGCUGAUCCUGUCUGGCGGAAGGCUCUGGCUGAUCCUGUCUGGCGGAAGGCUCUGGCUGCUCCUGUCUGGCGGAGAGCUCUAGCGGCUCCGGUCUGGCGGACGGCUCUGAAGGCUCAUGGCAGACGGGCGGCUUUGCAGGCUCAGUACAGACGGGCAGUUCCUGCGGCGCUUGGCAGACGGACAGUUCAGACGGCGUUGGGCAGACGGGCAGUUCAGGCGCCGUUGGGCAGACGGACAUUUCAGACGGCGUUGGGCAGACGGACAGUUCAGGCCCCGUUGGGCAGACGGCAGACUCUGGCCGUCUGAGGCGCAUCGUAGGCCUGGUGCGUGGUGCCGGAACAGGAGGUACCGGGCUGAGGACACGCAUCUCAGGGCUAGUGCGGGGAGAAGCAACAGGGCAUGCUUGGCCCUGGGGACGCACCGUAGGCCUGAUGCGUGGUGCCGGAACUGGAGGUACCGGGCUGAGGACACGCAUCUCAGGGCUAGUGCGGGAAGCAGCAACAGGACGCACAGGACUCUGGGGACACACAGGAGGCUUGGUGCGUGGUGUAUGCACUGGUGGUAAAGGGCUGGAGACACGCACCAUCGAGCCAGUGCGUGGAGGAGACACCGGGCUCUGAAGACGCACAGGAAACCUGGUGCGAGGUGUAGGUACUGGUGGUACUGGGCUGGAGCGAGGAGGUGGCGCCGGAAGUACCGGACCGUGCAGGCGUACUGGCUCCCUUGAGCACUGAGCCUGCCCAACCUUACCUGGGUUGAUGCUCCCCGUCGCCCGACCAGUACGGGGAGGUGGAAUAACCCGCACCGGCCUAUGUGGGCGAACCGGGAACACCAUGCGUAAGGCUGGUGCCAUGUACGCCGGCCCGAGGAGACGCACUGGUGACCUGCUGCGUGGGACCGGCUUCAUGACAUCCGGCUCAACACUCAAUCUGGCCCGGCCGAUACGUGGAGCUGGACUGUACCGAACCGGGCUAUGCCUGCGUACAGGAGACACCAUGCGCUCAACUGCGUAACACGGUGUCUGCCCGUACUCUCGCUCUCCACGGUCAGUCCAGAGAGUAGGCGCAGGUCUCCUACCUGACUUCGCCACACUCCCUCUUAGCCCCCCCCCAAGAAAUUCUUGGGUAGUACCCACAGGCUUCCAGUCUUGCCUCCGUGCUGCCUCCUCAUAUCGCCGCCUCUCGGCUUUAGCUGCCUCCAGCUCUUCACGAGGACGGCGAUAUUCUCCCGGUUGUGCCCAAGGCCCCUUACCAUCCAGAAUCUCCUCCCAUGUCCAUGAAUCCUUUAUGGGUGGAUAUAAAUCCUGUGUAGGUGGAUCCUGUUGCCGCUUGACACGCCGCUUGGUCCUUUUAUGGUGGGUUAUUCUGUCACGAUCGUCGAGGAGUGAAGGAGACCAAGGCGCAGCGUGUGAAACGAACAUGGUACUUUAUUAAGUUAAAGCACGACAAAACAACAAAUCAACGCGACGAAUGUGAAGUCCAAUAGUGACAAAGACUAAACAGGAACAAUAACCCACAAUGCCCACAAGAAAACAUACAGAAUAAAUAUGGCUCCCAAUCAGAGAUAACGAGCCGACAGCUGACACUCGUUACCUCCGAUUGGGAGUCAAUGACCAAACCUAGAAAUACACACAACAGAACUACCAACAUAGAAACACACCCAAAACACAACCAACCGAAUACACCCUUACAACCAACCCCACAACAAAUACCCAACAAAACAAAUACACCCUGGCUCAAAUCCAAAAGUCCCGGAGCCAGAGUGUUACAAAGUUCUCCCACUUAAAAAGAUGAGAGAGGCCUGUAAUUUUCAUCAUAGGUACACGUCAACUAUGACAGACAAAUUGAGAAAAAAUAAUCCAGAAAAUCACAUUGUAGGAUUUUUAAUGAAUUUAUUUGCAAAUUAUGGUGGAAAAUAAGUAUUUGGUCACCUACAAACAAGCAAGAUUUCUGGCUCUCACAGACCUGUAACUUCUUCUUUAAGAGGCUCAUCUGUCCUCCACUCGUUACCUGUAUUAAUGGCACCUGUUUGAACUUGUUAUCAGUAUAAAAGACACCUGUCCACAACCUCAAACAGUCACACUCCAAACUCCACUAUGGCCAAGACCAAAGAGCUGUCAAAGGACACCAGAAACAAAAUUGUAGACCUGCACCAGGCUGGGAAGACUGAAUCUGCAAUAGGUAAGCAGCUUGGUUUGAAGAAAUCAACUGUGGGAGCAAUUAUUAGGAAAUGGAAGACAUACAAGACCACUGAUAAUCUCCCUCGAUCUGGGGCUCCACGCAAGAUCUCACCCCGUGGGGUCAAAAUGAUCACAAGAACGGUGAGCAAAAAUCCCAGAACCACACGGGGGGACCUAGUGAAUGACCUGCAGAUAGCUGGGACCAAAGUAACAAAGCCUACCAUCAGUAACACACUACGCCGCCAGGGACUCAAAUCCUGCAGUGGCAGACAUGUCCCCCUGCUUAAGCCAGUACAUGUCCAGGCCCAUCUGACGUUUGCUAGAGUGCAUUUGGAUGAUCCAGAAGAGGAUUGGGAGAAUGUCAUAUGGUCAGAUGAAACCAAAAUAUAACUUUUUGGUAAAAACUCAACUCGUCGUGUUUGGAGGACAAACAAUGCUGAGUUGCAUCCAAAGAACACCAUACCUACUGUGAAGCAUGGGGGUGGAAACAUCAUGCUUUGGGGCUGUUUUUCUGCAAAGGGACCAGGACGAUUGAUCCGUGUAAAGGAAAGAAUGAAUGGGGCCAUGUAUCGUGAGAUUUUGAGUGAAAACCUCCUUCCAUCAGCAAGGGCAUUGAAGAUGAAACGUGGCUGGGUCUUUCAGCAUGACAAUGAUCCCAAACACACCGCCCGGGCAACGAAGGAGUGGCUUCGUAAGAAGCAUUUCAAGGUCCUGGAGUGGCCUAGCCAGUCUCCAGAUCUCAACCCCAUAGAAAAUCUUUGGAGGGAGUUGAAAGUCCGUGUUGCCCAGCGACAGCCCCAAAACAUCACUGCUCUAGAGGAGAUAUGCAUGGAGGAAUGGGCCAAAAUACCAGCAACAGUGUGUGAAAACCUUGUGAAGACUUACAGAAAACGUUUGACCUGUGUCAUUGCCAACCAAGGGUAUAUAACAAAGUAUUGAGAAACUUUUGUUAUUGACCAAAUACUUAUUUUCCACCUUAAUUUGCAAAUAAAUUCAUUAAAAAUCCUACAAUGUGAUUUUCUGGAUUUUUUUUCCUCAUUUUGUCUGUCAUAGUUGACGUGUACCUAUGAUGAAAAUUACAGGCCUCUCUCAUCUUUCUAAGUGGGAGAACUUGCACAAUUGGUGGCUGACUAAAUACUUAUUUUCCCCACUGUACAGGGGGUACCGGUACAGAGUCAAUGUGCGGAGGCACUGGUUAGUCGAGGUAAUUGAGGUAAUAUGUACAUGUACAUAAUAUGUACAUAAUAGAAAGCUCACCUGUAUUUCAAAGACCCUAUGGUUUACCUGUGUAUGUUUACCUGUUCCCCAGGUGGUGAAUGGGUCAAACUGGAUGGCUUCGCAGUGGUGGACGGGGCACCUGUCAACGCAUCAUCUCCUGGUAACACCAAAAUGGAUAGUGUUCCUUCGCAUUUUAGUUUUAGACAGAGAAACAUAGCCCAGUCCCCUCUCUUCUCCCUUUGCUCUGAGUCUAUGCAGUGGCUCUAUCUAACCGAACCAAUGGUAUGUCUGCCCUGGCCCGUAGCACCUUGGAUAUCCAGGCUUCCAGGAAACACAGAGGCUGAUAUCUGGCAGUCGGAGGAUUGUUGAGUCGAUGCUCCUCUCACAUACAGACUUUGUCGUGCCAGGACCUCUCGUCCUAUCCUCCUUUAAUCCCAACUCCUAUGACCUCUAAUUUUAUUCACUUCUCCUCUUCUCAUCUCUCCCUCACUGAUCCAGCAAGUAAUAAAGUCCACUGACUAACCCUGUCUGACCCUAUCUUAUGCCCACAUCUACUCUGUCUGACUUGUCAGGACUGUAUCAACCACUGCUUUAUAGGAAUACAUUUACUCUGAGGGAAAGAAGACAGAGAGCCUUUCAUCUGACAAUGAUUAUGAGAUACAGAGGGAUGAGAGAUGAGGAGAAGGCAGGGAAAUGUUUUUCCUUAUGUUGCCCGUGCUAUCACUCGGCACGCCAGCGAAGCAAGGGAAGGGAGGUGAAGACGGAUUGGGGGAUUGUCUGGCUGUCUGUCUGAGAUGGCUGUCCAGGCUGGAGUCAGACAUCAUAUGAUUACACCAGGAAGUAAGAAGCAGGAAGUGGGAGCAUUGAGAGACUGUGUGGUCCCUGGUCCCUGUCUGUGUCCACGUUGUGACAUCUCCCAUGGUUACAGUGUCUCAGACACUGAUUAUUGGAGAGGAAGGGCUUUUGGCAAAGUAGGACAUUUGGGGAGUUUCCCUAAGUUCCCCAUGGCAUUUGAAACAUUUCAAAACAUAAUGAUGAGAUAGAAACUCAUAGAAGUGAUAAUAGCGUUUCUUAAGACUUGGUACUGGCCCUCACACAGUUACCUCAGCAUGUCAACCUGAGAUACUGUCCCUUAUGAUCUUACUCAACUUCAGCUGUAUUUUUCUCUCUCUUCCAGCUCGUCCAUCUCCUACUCCAGACGUGUGGCCCAGGCCUGACUCCCCUGUGAGUAUCCCUGUGAGGACAGGAACAGGAUCAGGGGUUGAUGGGACGGUGCGCCCGUCAGGCCUGACCUCUUCCAGGGGGCAGCAGAUCCGGAGACCUCCCCAAUCAUCCUCCGGCCCUCGUCAGCCAGAGAGGGCCAGGGCAGGGACACCCCUGCUGGACCAGAGGUCCCAACACCACCACCACACCCAGCCACAGGCUGACCAGAGAAACAUACACAACACCAAACUAGGUAAGAGCAUCUGGAUCUCUCUCACACUCUGUUUGCUCCUCAUUUAGAAUAUUAUUGUGUGAACAGUAUGUACAUUAUGUGUAGUGUGUCCAUCCAUAGUGUGUCCUAGUGUGUAAACGCUGGCCUAUGUGUCUGGUAUGUCCCUCUAUUCGUAGCGUCUGAGUCCAUCUAUGUGGUAUCACUGCAGGCACAGAGAGCCACGGGGCGGAGCGUGCCAAGCAACAGGGCCACCCUGACCAAAAAAACUCCCCCAGGUAGGUUAUACCUUAUGACCACCUUAUGAGCCUUUAUAACAUCUUUGCAAGCCUUUAUAACAUCCUUAGAAGCCUUUAUAACCACCCAUAACUACAUACAGCUGCGAGGAACUCAUCUUCAAGCAACACUCAAGCCACACACAUUUUAGAGUUUUAAACCAUUUCAACACCUCUCCCAAUAUACAGUAGCGAUGUAAAAACAGACUGCAUUUAAGGAAUGAUAGUAACUUCACUUAUUUUCAGUCAAUUCUCAACAUGAUAUCACAGGAAAACAUCAUCCUGGCACGUUUUUGGAAAAAAGGUAAAAUGUCACAGUAGCUGACAGGUUUUUUUCAGUACAUUGUGGUCAAUGGGAAAAGAUGAGUGUCACAGGGUUGAAAAGAUUAGUGUCACAGCGUUGAGUUUUUCUCAAUAUGUUGCAGUCAAUGGGACAAGAUGGGUGUCACAGGGUUGAUGUAUUUCUCAAUACAUUGCAGUCAAUGUGAAAAGACGAGUGUCAAAGGGUUGACAUUUUUCUCGUUUAUCUCAUGUCUGUCUCUCUCUCACUCCAUACCUCCUCUUUAUCCCCCCUCGUUCUCUUCUCUCUCCCUUCCCCUUCUUUCACCCCCCAUCACCCCUCUCUCACCCUCUCCCUCACUAACCCUUCUCUCUCUCCUCCUCUAUUCUCUCUCCCUCCUCCCUCCUCCCCCCUCCAUUCUCUUUCCCUCGUUCUUUCCCUACCUCCCCUUCCUCUCAUCUUUCCCUCUCCCUCCUCUCUCUCCCCUCUGUCUGUCUGUCUGUCUGUUGACUCCCUCUCGCCCUCUCGCUCCUCUCUCCCACAGACAGACAGACAGACACAGGCUGACAGACAUGAAGACACAGGCAGGCAGGCAGGCAGGCAGGCAGGCAGGCAGGCAGGCAGGCAGGCCAACAGGCAGGCAGUUAGGCAGUUAGACAGACAGGCAGGCAGGCGGGCAGGCAGGCAGGCAGGCAGGCAGGCAGGCAGACACAGACUGUUUCAAGUUUUAAAAAAUUGACCAAUAGCCCCUUCAGAAUUCAUUCAAGAAUUCAUAACAAGGCUCUUAGCUUCUUGAACUGCAAGACCAUUUCUUCCAAUGGAGGUCAAAAAUGCUUUUGGGUCUACUUCAAAUUUGCUGGGUCAUGAAGGUCCCCCGGUCAUAAAUAUGUAACAUUUGGGAAGAUUAAACCUUUUUAACCCUUCGAAACCACCCCUAUGACCCCUAAUUAAGUCACUUCCUGUAAUCAGACAGACAGACAGGCCGACAGACAGACAGACAGACAGGCAGACACAGACAGACAAACAGACUCAGACAGUCAGGCAGGCAGUUAGGCAGACAGACAGACAGACACAGUUUCAAGUUUCAAGUAAAAAAAAUGACCAAUAUCCUCUUCAGAAUUCAUUCAAGAAUUCAUAACUGUUUUUCUGUUUUUAUGGGUGAUUUGUGAUGUUUUAUUUUAUUUCAAUGUGUAGAUAUACAGUAUAUAAGGUAUAUUGGGAAUAAUGUGUAUAUUUAUGUCAUUUCCUGUGAUCAGACAGACAGACAGGCCGACAGACAGACAGGCCACAUCCCGGCUCAAUCCUAAGCAUAGCCUCAACCCUAAGCCUAACCCUAGCUUCAUAUCUCCCUGCUUAACCCUAACCCUAGUCCUCACUUCAUCUCCACAUCUUGGCUCAACCCUAACCCUAGCCACAACCCUAACGUUAACUUCUUGUCCACAUCCCGGCUCAACCCUAACUCCAAGAGCUGAGUCAAGAUGUGGAGGGCUAGGGUUAGGGUUGUUGCUAGGGUUAGGGUUGAGCCAGGAUGUGGACAGGAAGCCUGUCUGUCUGUUUGUUUGUCUGUCUCUCUGUCUCUCUCUCUCGCUGUCUGUCUGUGAGUGGAUCUGUCUGUCUAUCUGUCUGUCUGUCUGUCUGAAUCUUUCACCAACUUACCCAGCGUAGCUCUAUCACCAACCUUUUUGCCUUGAAUGCAAUGUAUUGACUUAAGUGUCAAUACCGUUGAAUCAUAUCUAUGCGUCAAUGUACUGUCUGUGGAGGUGGGGAAAUGGAGAGAGAGGUGGAGGUGGGAGAGAGAGGAGGGAGAAGGAGAUAAAGAUUAGAGGGAGGGGGGGGAAGAAGUUAAGAGAUAUAAUGGAGGAGGGAGAAGGGAGAGAGAGAGAGAGAAAGAGAGAAGGGAGGGAGGGAAAGAGAGAGAGAGGAUGGUAUCAUGUCUGUGAUGCCUUUCUCAAUGCGUCCAUGUUGUGAUGCAAAUCUUGCCCGAUUGAAUGCAAUGUAUUCACUUAGGCAUCAAGCCUGUGACACUCAUCUUCUCCCAUUGACUGCAAUGUAUUGAGAUAAACGUCAAUCCUGUGGCACUCAUCCUUUCCCAUUGCCUGAAUUGUAUUGAGAAAAACGACAGCUACUGUAAUAUUUUACCUUUUUUCAAAAGACAUUCCAGGAUGAUGUUUUCAGGUUGAUAAUGGGCUGCAAUUCUACUUAGACCUCUGGACCAUGUUUAGUGUUCUUUGUUCCCCAUGCAGAGCCUGAGGAGUAUGUGGCCAAAGACAUCGGUGUGAGGGUCAUGUCCCCUCAGUCUGUCCUCAUCAGUUGGGUGGACCCAGCCAUCGAGAUGGAGAAGGUCCUACCUGGUGGCUCCAGGUGAGAGUGGGCUCGUGUCUCUGUGUGUGUGUGUGUGUGUGCGUGCGUGUGUGCGCGUGUGUGUGAGUGUGAGUGUGUGAGUGUGUGAGUGUGUGAGUGUGUGAGUGUGUGAGUGUGUGUGUGUGUGUGUGUGAGUGUGUAAGUGUAUGAGUGUGUGAGAGAGGUAAUGUAUUUUCCUUUCUCCAGACACUACACAGUGAAGUACAGGGAGAAGGGUGAGUCUGCUCGAUGGGAAUACAAAGAGACCAACCAGAGGAGGCUGCUGAUAGAUACCCUGUCAGCUGAUGGGAUGUACGAGUUCUCCGUCCGAAUCUCCCAGGGAGACAACCACGGCAAGUGGAGUGUGUCCGUGUUCCAGAGGACCCCAGAAUCUGGUAGGUUGUCUUACUGCCUGUCUGAAAAUAUAGGAUAAACCCAAGUCUUACAUGUAAUGUCCCAUUUUUUAAGAGAGGAAAUGGCAUUUUCUUGAGAAUCAUAUGAGUCCUACAGUGUCAUACAAAUUAUCAUAGUUCUAACCGGUUUUGGCGUUCAUCCAUAUUUCAUUCAGAUUGUUCCCUUCAAUCAAUCCUUCAUGAAAACCUCUGCCAGUUUGUAGUUUCAAUCUCAUUGCUUUAUGUCAUAAUUCAGCACAGUUAACGUUUCACUCUCAUCCUCCACUUACUGAUCCUGGAUACUGGAGUCAUACAGUAUAUUUGGCUGCUCUGUCAUGAGCAUAGCAUUCGUAUUGUGCCAUAGCAAAUCCAGGCUCUGUCGUAGCCGGCCGCGACCAGGAGACCCAUGGGGCGGCGCACAAUUGGCCCAGCGUCAUCCAGGGUAGGGGAGGGAAUGGCUGGCAGGGAUGUAGCUCAGUUGGUAGAGCAUGGCGUUUGCAACGCCAGGGUUGUGGGUUCGUUUCCCACGGGGGGCCAGUAUGAAAAAAAAAUAUAUAUAAUGUAUGCACUCACUAACUGUAAGUCGCUCUGGAUAAGAGCGUCUGCUAAAUAAAAAAAAUAAAAAAUAAAAAUAGCUGCUUCUGACUGAGUAAGUAAAGGUUCAGGGAGAUGUCAGCGUUUACAGCCUGGCAUAUAACAGGACUUGAGUUUUUCACUACUGUUUCUGUUACAAGUAGCGUCUUUCCUUCUUCUGUUCUCCUUGCUCCUUUUUUCUCUCUCGGGAACACGUUAUUUCUCCUCCUUUUUUCCAUCCCUUUUUUCCUCUGUGUUCUUAAGCUCCCUCUGGUCCUCCGGAGAACUUUGAUGUGAAGCCACUGAGAGGGAAGGGAACUGCCGUCACGGCGACCUGGGACCCUCCCGAGGAACCCAACGGGAGGAUACGAGGUCAGAACAUGAGACUAUACCGCUCUGAUCAUUCAGCAGAUGACUUCACUGUAUCCCUCUUAUUAAUCAUUCAAAUAAUAUACAGUAUAUAUGUGUAGACAAAUAAACAUUUUUUUUUAAUUGCUUGGCCCCGCAAAUCAAGCUUGCUAAUCUUGGAGUUGAAUUAGAUGACAUGACUUUGGGGAUACUAUUGUAUGCCAAUGAUAUUGUCCUCCAAGCAGAGAGUGAGUUUGAUUUGCAAUGUAUGUUGAACACUGUCAAUCUCUGGUGUACCAAAUGGAGAUGAAUGAUUAACAAAGAUAAAACCCAGAUAAUGCACUUCAGAAAAAAGGGUACAGUAAGAAGUAUUAAUGACUUCACUUUUGGAGCAAGGGCCCCUAAACUACACUAGCUCACAUAAAUACCAUGGUUUCCUUUUUGAUGAAUGUAUGACCUUUGAAGAGGGUAUAAAGUCUUUAUCAGAUUCUGCAGGGAGAGCAUUGCUGUCUGUUGUAAGUAAACUGAAAAUCUGUAAAGACCAUGACUAUUGUACAUAUUCACAGCUCUAUAAUUUAUGUGUGUGUCCUAUCGUGAACUAUGCUGCUCGAAUCUGGGGUUUUAUAGAAUCCAAAACAGCAAACGAUAUUCAGAAUAGAGCCAUACAAUGUUUUUUGGGAGUGCAUAAGUUUGCCCCAAGCCUUGCUAUUCAAGGUGACAUGGGGUGGGAGCCCAGUGAAAUAAGACAGAGGGGUGAAAUGAUUAGGUUAUGGAAUAGACAUAAUAACAAACGAGCUUUUUAACUGGGAUAAAACACACAAUUACCCCUGGAGAAAGGAACUCAAUGCCAUAUUCAAGGAAGCUGAUCUACAACACAUAUUUCAAAACAAGUUACUAUGCAAUGUCAAUAUGAUCAAACACAAGUUAACUCUAAGCUACAAAGAAAAAUGGUCAACUGACAUAUGGCUAAAACCAAAACUCAGAACUUACAACCAGAUCAAAAACCACGAUCUAGAACCUUAUAUCACCUCUCACCUAACCAGAAACCAAAGGUCCUUGUGUGCUCAGUUGAGAACCGGGAUACUGCCUCUGUCAAUUGAAGUAGGUAGGUUCAAUGCCAUAGAUGAAAAAGAGUGACUAUGUACAGUCUGUGAUUUAGGGUAGGUAGAGAAUGAACUGCAAUGUUAUUGUACUUUGUAUGAUAAUUUGAGAGCUAUUACUGUUUGAUAAAAUGUUGCAAAGAAAACAGGAAUUAUUCUGGAUUAGAGAUGAAGAAAAACUUGAAUGGCUAUUUUAGGAAAGAUGUUUUCCUGGUUGCAAAUUUUAACUCCAAAGCUUAGAAGAUGCAACAAGAUAAGUAUACUUGAAAGGAUUUUGUUUUGUUUUCUCAAUUGUCUGUCACUACCGUAUAAACGUAUGUUUAUACUGUAUAUACACUGAGUAUACAAAACAUUAAGAACACCUGCUCUUUCCAUGACAGACCGACCAGGUGAAUCCAGGUGAAAGCUAUGAUCCCUUAUUGAUGUCACUUGUUAAAUCCACUUCAAUCAGUGUAGAUGAAGAGAUAGGUUAAAGAAGGAUUUUAAGCCUUGAGACAAUUGAGACAUGGAUUGUGUAUGUGUGCCAUUCAGGGGGUGAAUAGGCAAGACAAAUUAUUUAAGUGUCUUUGAACAGGGUAUGGUAGUAGGUGCCAGGCGCACCAGUUUGUGUCAAGAACUGUAACGCUGCUGGGUUUUUUAUGCUUAACAGUUUCCUGUAUGUAUCAAGAAUUGUCCAGCACCCAAAGGACAUCCAGCCAGUUUGACACAACUGUGGGAAGCAUUGGCGUCAACAUGGGCCAACAUCCCUGUAGAAAGCUUUCGACAACUUGUAGAAUCCAUGCCCCAACGAAUUGAGGCUGUUCUCAGGGAAAAGGGGGGUGGGGGGUGCAACUCAAUAUUAGGAAGGUAUUUGUUUAUUUUGCUACAGCAAAUACAGUGUCUUAUAAGCCCAUGUGGGCUGGGCAUCCUGAAGAUGCACAACACUACAAUAAUACAAUCAAUCAUGCAAUCAGUCACCAUAUUGACCAAUAUCACUCCAUCAGUUAAUCAAUUGAUCAAACUCCCACCUCAUUACUUAAUCAAUCCACCAACACUAAACAACAUUAUAUUCAGUUCUAAUAAACACAUACUGUACGUACAAGUAACUACCAAAAUAAAGGAAAAACUGAUAUAAAGUGUCUUAAUAGAGCGAUAUGCCACCACACGCCAGAACAGCUUCAAUGCAACUUGGCAUAGAUUCUACAAGUGUCUGGAACUCUAUUGGAGGGAUGCGACACCAUUCUUUCACUAGAAAUUCCAUCAUUUGGUGUUUUGUUGAUGGUGGUGGAAAACUCAGUCUCAGGCGCCGCUCCAGAUUCUCCCAUAAGUGUUCAAUUGGGUUGAGAUCAGGUGACUGAGACGGCCAUGGCAUAUGGUUUACAUCGUUUUCAUGCUCAUCAAACCAUUCAGUGACCCUGUGGAUGGGGACAUUGUCAUCCUAUUGUGGCAUAGCCAUGGUAGCCAAAAUAAAGGCCAAAAUAAUGGCCUUCCCAGAAUUUUUAUACAUGACCCUAAGCAUGAUGGGAUGUUAAUUGCUUUACUAACUCAGAAACCACACCUGUGUGGAAGCACCUGCUUUCUAUAUACUUUGUGUCCCUCAUUUACUCAAGUGUUUUCUGUUGGUGCCAAUAUGUAAUAUGAUCCUGGUCCUCCUCCCCUCAGAGUACAUCAUGUCCUAUGCUCCUGCCAUGAAACCCUUUGGGAUGAAGUCAGUGACAUACCGCGGCAGCACCACCUCAGCCAUCGUAGACGGCCUCCAGCCUGGGGACCGCUACAUCUUCAAGAUCAGGGCCACCAACAGGAGGGGCCAGGGCCCCCAGACCAAAGCCUUUAGCGUAGCCAUGCCUGGAGGGACUGGUAAGCACAUCUACUGUGUGUUUGUGAUUGUGUGUGAUUGUGUGUGUGUGUGUGUGUGUGGUGCGUGCAUGUGUGUGCCUGUGUACGUGAUGUUGGUUACAUUUCUAAUGUCCUAAUGGUUUGUACACUUAACUAAUACUCCAUCUUACCUGCCAGCCAGCAGUGUUGCCUCCUCGCCAACUCAUCACUCCAAGAGCCAAGGCGGCCGUAGAACCAGCUACACCCCCUCUCGGACGUCCAAACAGGACAGUUACCAUGACGAUGACAUCAACCUCCAAUUAGAAGACGUGACCAAGGAGCCGGCCACACCCACUCAGACCACAUCUGCCCCGCCCGCCACCAGACGGACACGCCCCCUCACCAAGACACGCUCCUAUCACAGCAUCUUCUCAGAUGUGAGGGGCACGGUCAGGAACGGGGCGACCAAUCAGCGACUAGGAGCCGGUACCUCUUCAGCCAGAGACAAGGGGAGAGAGACAGAAACAGAGGAUGAACAGGAGGAGAACAAAACAACAGAACCUACUCCAGAAGAAGAGGAGGAGAAGCUCACUAACGAAGAUAUGGAGGAGAAGAAAGAAGCAGUGACUCAGAACAAUGUUGUUCCUUCUACACCUGAGGAGGACAGGGGCUAUGUCAGAGGGAGAGGUAGAGGGAAGGAUGUAGAUGACAAAACAGAAGUUCCCUCAUCAGAGGGCUCCUCAUCAUCUAAACCCUCCUACCCUCUCCGCAAACCUCUCUCUGGCAGACGAAGACCAUUCUCCCGGACAUCAGGCUCAGGGACAGUGUCCCAGCCAAAGACACAGGAUUCAGAAAAGGACAGCGCCUCCUCAUCCUCCUCCUCAUCUUCUUCAUCUUCCAGCCCAUCCCCCAACCAGGAGUCUGCAGCCAUCAGGAAGGACGACAUUGUCACCAACUACCCAGAGGGCAAAAACACCUACGACCAGCCCAGUGUCACAGAGGCCAAACCCUCCACCUCAACCCCUGCCCCAGACCAGGCUGUCUCAGAGCCCAAAACCGAGGCACCAUCUGUGGGAAGAGGGUCUGCUCUGCCGGGCCGUGGAUAUGGUUAUGGCAGGCGGAAACCCGGGAUCCUGUCUCGAGGGAAUCCAAAUGGUCGAGUUCUGACUGGACUCCGCAAACCUGGGUCAGCCUCGACUUCAGCCGGCAUGUCCCAGUCCACUCUACCAACCGGAGGCAAGAUCCCAGAAACAUCACACACUCACGGCUCACACACUCCUAACACACAGCACUCAACACACCAUCAGGACAAUAACGACUACAAUGACUACAAAGUCACAGAGGCAGAGGCCACCAAAGAAGAAGAACCCACUUCCAGUUCCCGGAUCAUUUUCACUACACAUUCUUCUGAGGAGGACAGGAGACAGGACAAGAGAGAGGAGGUAGGGAGGGGAGACAGGACAGAGGAGGGAGGGAGGGGAGACAGGAGAGAGGAGAGAGGGAGGGGAGACAGGAAAGAGGAGGGAGAGAGGGAAAACAGGAGAGAGGAUGGAGGGAGGGGAGACAGGGGAGAGGAGGGAGGGAGGGGAGACAGGAGAGAGGAUGGAGGGAGGGGAGACAGGAGAGAGGAAGGAGAGAGGGAAAACUGGAAAGAGGAGGGAGGGAGGGGGAAGACCAACUACAACACCCCAGCUCCCCCUCCUUCCAAGACGCCUGCUCCCCCUGCCUCCAGGAUUAACCACUUUGUGAACCGGCACCAGAGCAGGUUUGGAACAGGGACGGGGAGCAGUAGCAGGUUCUCUUCCCCCCGGGCGGACGGGAGGGUUCCCUGGAGCAGGACAGCCUCCUCAUCCUCUGUUGGGGCAGGGAGACCCAUCCUGAGAGGAAGCCCCUCUAGGAUAGCUGCCUCGGGGGCAGCAUCUGCCUCAGGGGCAUCAAGGACCUCAGCAGUGCAGGAGACCAGUGAGGAUUCUAAAACCCCCUCCACCCUCUACCCGUUAAAGAACGGGGUGGGGGCUGGGGCACUUAAACCCUCUCUGCCCAACAGGAAUAGCAUUCUAGGUGGAUCUAGGAAUCCCAUCACCUCCUCUUCCUCUUCUUUCUCCUCUUCUAGUGGUCAUAGAGACUCCAGUGAGCCCGUCCACAGAGGAAGCAGCACCAGGGAGGACAGCAGUAAUGACCAUAAGGAGGACUAUCUCUAUGAGGGGAGUAAGGAGAUGUAUGAGUGGAAUGAGAAAGUCACAGACCCAACCCCCGCCCCCAAAACUACUACCACCACUACCACUACCUCAGCCCCCACUACCGCCCGCAGGGUGCCCCAGAGUGGGGCCAACGAGAGUGUGGACAGGAACCCCACGCCUAGUAGAACCAGGCCCGGUUUCGUCCCCGGUUCUACGCUCCCCCGCCGUCCCAUUAUAGGUCCCAACGGGAGGGUGCGAUCUCCCCUGCUCACAAACAGGCAGACAGGUUCUAGGUUCCCCCUUAGAGCACAACCAGCACAGAGCACACGAUUAGGUUCCUCUAUCCCAGACACAUCAUCUUCCUCUUCUUCCUCUUCCUCCUCUAGUCUGCCGCAACCAGACCACGGGGUUAGUGGGGGCGUUAGUGUUAGCACUGGAGGCUCCUCCCCUUCCCUCUCUCGCCCCUCCCUCAGACAGAUCUCCCCUGGAGGCAGCCAGGGGUCUCAGGGCUCCUCUUCCUCCUUACCAUCCUUGUCAUCCUCAUCCAGAGACUCUGUGGUGGGCCAGGGGACAAGGACACACUACCCCAGCCGGUCAGACCCCCUUCGCAGGGGUAAAACCCCAAGUGGAGGCCUCAAGCCCGGCUAUGCAAAUGGUAAAAAUGGCCGCCCCAAUCUCACAGCGACCAGUGACAAAGAGUCCAGCACAUCCAAUGACAACACCAAACCUAAUGGACGAAGGUACAUCACUGGGCCUGAUGGAGCCAAAUGGGUAUGUCUGUGUCUCGAUAUGUUUUAUUCCAAAGUAAAGGGGAUUGAAAGGAGACAGUUUCAUCGUUUCACCUGCAAUGUUAACCAUUAUGCAGACUCUCCUUAAUAUAAUGUUUCCCCAUGACAUAUGAGUCUUAUGUCCAACCCUGUGAUGUGUUCUAUUCUCCAGGUGGUGGACUUGGAUAACGGGGUCCUGAUGAACGAGAAUGGCAGGGUUCUCCAGGACUCUCAGGGCCAACCCAAGAGGGUGGUUCUAGGAGAGGACGGACGCACCAUCUUUGGUGAGAUACUGUAAACUAACCUUCUGUUAUAUUGAACACUGUUUCUAUGAGUAUUACAGGUCUACAUUCCUAAGAGCUUUAUAAUAUGUUGGUAUAUCAAGACGCCUCAUCUCCCCUAUUUAUUCCUCCUUAUGAGAAAGGGAGAUAUCACACUUAUAGUGAGGGAAAAAAGUAUUUGAUCCCCUGCUGAUUUUGUAAGUUUGCCCACUGACAAAGACAUGAUCAGUCUAUAAUUUUAAUGGUAGGUUUAUUUGAACAGUGAGAGACAGAAUAACAACAAAAAAAUCCAGAAAAACGCAUGUAAAAAAUGUUAUAAAUUGAUUUGCAUUUUAAUGAGGGAAAUAAGUAUUUGACCCCUCUGCAAAACAUGACUUAGUACUUGGUGGCAAAACCCUUGUUGACAAUCACAGAGGUCAGACGUUUCUUGUAGUUGGCCACCAGGUUUGCACACAUCUCAGGAGGGAUUUUGUCCCACUCCUCUUUACAGAUCUUCUCCAAGUCAUUAAGGUUUCGAGGCUAACGUUUGGCAACUCGAACAUUCAGCUCCCUCCACAGAUUUUCUAUGGGAUUAAGGUCUGGAGACUGGCUAGGCCACUCCAGGACCUUAAUGUGCUUCUUCUUGAGCCACUCCUUUGUUGCCUUGGCCGUGUGUUUUGGGUCAUUGUCAUGCUGGAAUACCCAUCCACAACCCAUUUUCAAUGCCCUGGCUGAGGGAAGGAGGUUCUCACCCAAGAUUUGACGGUACAUGGCCCCGUCCAUCGUCCUUUUGAUGCGGUGAAGUUGUCCUGUCCCCUUAGCAGAAAAACACCCCCAAAGCAUAACGUUUCCACCUCCAUGUUUGACGGUGGGGAUGGUGUUCUUGGGGUCAUAGGCAGCAUUCUUCCUCCUCCAAACACGGCGAGUUGAGUUGAUGCCAAAGAGCUCGAUUUUGGUCUCAUCUGACCACAACACUUUCACCCAGUUCUCCUCUGAAUCAUUCAGAUGUUCAUUGGCAAACAUCAGACAGCCCUGUAUAUGUGCUUUCUUGAGCAGGGGGAUCUUGCGGGCGCUGCAGGAUUUCAGUCCUUCACGGCGUAGUGUGUUACCAAUUGUUUUCUGGGUGACUAUGGUCCCAGCUGCCUUGAGAUCAUUGACAAGAUCCUCCCGUGUAGUUCUGGGCUGAUUCCUCACCGUUCUCAUGAUCAUUGCAACUCCACGAGGUGAGAUCUUGCAUGGAGCCCCAGGCGGAGGGAGAUUGACAGUUAUUUUGUGUUUCUUCCAUUUGCGAAUAAUCGCACCAACUGUUGUCACCUUCUCACCAAGCUGCUUGGCGAUGGUCUUGUAGCCCAUUCCAGCCUUGUGUAGGUCUACAAUCUUGUCGCUGACAUCCUCGGAGAGCUCUUUGGUCUUGGCCAUGGUGGAGAGUUUGGAAUCUGAUUGAUUGAUUGCUUCUGUGGAAGGGUGUCUUUUAUACAGGUAACAAACUGAGAUUAGGAGCACUCCCUUUAAGAGUGUGCUCCUAAUCUCAGCUCGUUACCUGUAUAAAAGACACCUGGGAGCCAGAAAUCUUUCUGAUUGAGAGGGGGUCAAAUACUUAUUUCCCUCAUUAAAAUGCAAAUCAAUUUAUAAAAUUUUUUGACAUGCAUUUUUCUGGAUUUUUCUGGAUUUCACUGUUCAAAUAAACCUACCAUUAAAAUUAUAGACUGAUCAUUUCUUUGUCAGUGGGCAAACAUACAAAAUCAGCAGGGGAUCAAAUACUUUUUUCCCUCACUGUACAGCACAAGACCAUACUGUUUUGUUUACACAGAUAGAUAACUGAUUGAUUGUUCUCCCCUGCUAGACCACCAGGGCAGCCCAUUGGUGAACCAGGAGGGCCAGGCUCUGUUUGGUCACGGUCGGGACAGCCAACCGGUGGUCAACCCCAAAGACAAGUUCCUGACCGUGGGUGGCAAACCCAUCAUUGGCCUGGACCGGCCUAAACCCAGGACCACAACCACAACCAGACCUCCUACUACAACCACACCUGAACCGACCUCGCUCCCAACCACCACUGAAAUGUCCACAGAGGAGACCUUGACCAUGCCGGUGUUCCCGACCUGUCCUCCAGGAACAUUUUUGAUCAGGGAUGAUGAGGGAUUCCCAAUGCUGGAUGCUAAUGGCAUCCUGGACUGUUAUCCUGAAGGCAAGUCUGACUAACGCUGACUAACGCUUCUGUAUGUACUCUCAUAUUACUAGUAGUGUUAUAGUAAUCAAACUAGUACUAUCAUAGUAGUAGCACUAGUAGUAGUUGUUGCUGUUCUAGGGCCAGUUUACCUGACCCAGAUUAAGCCUAUUCCAGAGGGGUGUACUAUGACGCUAGCUAGAUCUACUCAGGAUUUUAUGAAGCUAGCCAGCUUCAGUUAGCUUCAAAUUCCAGUUCAGGCUUCAUCCAUGUUACGAAGGAGGAUAUUUAUCCUAAAUCUUACGUUAACUCCAGCCAGGCUUGUAAAUGCAUUUGCAUGUCGCAGGUGGAUAAUCCCAGCGAGUCAAAAUACAUUUCAUUAAUAAAAGAUUGAAUCAGUCGCUACGCUAAAUGAAGGGGAUGAUGAUGCAAUCUUAGUGAGAGGGAGGGAAUCUGAUUUAAUUGGCCCUCAACUCGUGGCUCAGACAGUUAGCUCUGAGUUAGCCUUCCACGGAGCAAGUUAGAGCUGAACAAUUAUUGCCUGAAGGAUUCAAAAUGUACCUGGCUAAAAUGUGAGCCACCUUCGUGUCAACAGUUAUCCCGAGAUGAACUCAGAAUUGACCAAAGGUAGUUGCUAACUCCUCUAUCCCGCUUCUUAGUAUACCUCUCUGGACUUAAAUGCGCUUUCAAUUGAGAAUGAUUUUCAGUCCAGGACUAGGCUUAAUCUGGGCUUGUAUUAUCUAUUACAUUUUAUGCAGGCUAAAAGCAGUGGAUCAGAAUGGAGUCUGUCAUCAGUUAGUCUGUGAGCUGUUGUUGUUUACCAUCUCCAUAACAUCCUGACCAUAAUAAGUACGUCCUGUCUGUGGCCACAGAGCCCUGUACGAUCUGGCCAGGCACAGUCGAGAGAUGUCUUUCUUCAGAGACCACUGGAACCAGAUCAGGGCUUGCGUCCAAAUACUAUUUCAAAUCUUUCAAACAAUUUGAGCAUUUGCCUUAGCCUGCCUGGAGUUGGCAGGCUAAAGGCUGGUUUACAGUUGGUCUAUCGACAUGUGUAUAGACAGUUGUCGCAGUGACAUCAUGUACAUUCUAUUGUCGUCCGACAUCAAACUUGUCAUUGUCGUUAUGAAAAAGUGUAAACACAAAAACUACAGGCUGUAUGACAUCAGCCGCCUGGUGGUCAAAAAUAGCAUAACUGCUGUAUUUUUAACACCAAUAAACCCAUCUGUUUGAAAAUUAAUUUAGUAUAUGUCAAUCUAGCAAGCCAGGCAACUAAAACCAACUUUCUAAGCAAUGUUUUGGUUUGUUUUUAGCUUGUUAGCUAACUAGCUAGCUAGCUGGCUAGCCAUUUCAAAUAAUGACCAUAUCAUAGCUGACAACUUCUUAAAUUUAGCAAAUGUUUAUUCAUUAUUAUAGGAAAAUUAAUUCACAACAAGAUCGUUAUUUACAAGUUAAGGGCGAGCUAAUUACAGAAAAUAGCUUGUGAUGAGUGUGACAAAAUAAAAGCAGGGCAUUCUAUCGGAGAAUUUUAGAACUUGUGUGUGUCUCAUUGCUGUCUCAGUCAGGUAACCAUGACAGCGGACCCAGCAACAGGGUCAAAGUUGAACACUUUUAAUCUGUCUGCGACAAGGAAAAUGACAGUCGUAGCGACGGUCUACAGACAAUCCACCGGAGUAUAAAUUAAAGAUUGUUUAGAACAGCGAGACUUGUCGCAUUCUAAUUGUCUACAGAUAUGUCGAUAGACAAAGUAUAAACCAGCCUUAAAAUGGGCAGGGUUUGCAGUUUUGGGACUAUUCUAUUGGUGCCAUUAAGCCAGGCAAGCUCAGUCAGGCAAAGAUGAAGUAUUUUAAAUUAUUUGUUAUAGUAUUUGAACCCAGAUCUGACGGGAACCACAUCAGGGCCAGCCACAUCUGGCACUGACUGUGGUCAGGAUAACGCUGGGGCUGGGUAAAAACCCUAACCCACUCCCUGAGCUAAGCAGUCAAUCUCACUACACCACUAUUAUCUUUACCACAAGACACAUGAUUAACACACGCCCAAACACACUUUUAUGGCUAGACCUAAGUGUUCCAUAGGGAUUAACACAAUACAGACACAAAGCCUACAUUCAGACACAUACAUGUUAUUAGGCUCUUAUAGGGGUUAUUGUAACAAACACACACUCAAAGACAGACAGCCAUAAGUAAUAUGUUUUCCAAUGUAAUUAUCCUCUUUGCAAGUUUAAGGGAAUAACCAUCCCCAGUUGUGUUGAUUUUACAACAAGGCAAUUGAGAUGACUAAGAACAAAUAAUGGAGGAAAUACUUAAUUGUUAACUCAAAACAGUGCACCACUUUUUUCCACCAUCAACUUUAAACUUUGUACUGGAGCUAGAAAGCCAAGUGAGUGUUGCUGCGUGUUUAUAUGCUACCGGUCAAAAGUUUUAGAACACCUACUCAUUCAAGGGUUUUUCUUUAUUUUUACUAUUUUCUACAUUGUAGAAUAAUAGUGAAGAUAUCAAAACUAUGAAUUAAAACAUAUGGAAUCAUGUAGUAACCAAAAAAGUGUUAAACAAAUCCAAAUAUAUUUUAUAUUUGAGAUUCUUCAAAGUAGCCACCCUUUGCCUUGAUGACAGCUUUGCACACUCUUGGCAUUCUCUCAACCAGCUUCACCUGGAAUGCUUUUCCAACAGUCUUGAAGGACUUCUCCCAUACGCUGAGCCCACACCGCGUCUCACAAAGAUACGGCGGUUGGAACCAAAAAUCUCCAAUUUGGACUCCAGACCAAAGGACACAUUUCCACCGGUCUAAUGCCCACUGCUCGUGUUUCUUGGCCCAAGCAAGACUCUUCUUCUUAUUGGUGUCCUUUAGCAGUGUUUUUUUGCAGAAAUUCGACCAUGAAGGCCAUGAUUCUCCUCUGAACAGUUGAUGUUGAGAUGUGUCUGUGACUUGAACUCUGUGAAGCAAUUUUCCGGAUUGACUGACCUUCAUGUCUUUUCUCCUUGCUCAUUUGAGCUGUUCUCCACACACACAUACACAACUGAUUGGCUCAAACGCAUUAAGAAGGAAAGAACACCUGUUAAUUUAAAUGCAUUCCAGGUGACUACCUCCUGAAGCUGGUUGAGAGAAUGCCAAGAGUGUGCAAAGCUGUCAUCAAAGCAAAGGGUGGCUAAUUGAUGAAUCUCAAAUAUAAAAUAUAUUUUGAUUUGUUUAACACUCUUUUGCUUACUACAUGAUUCCAUAUGUGUUAUUUCAUAGUUCUGAUGUCUUCACUAUUAUUCUACAAUGUAGAAAAUAGUAAAAAUAAAGAAAAACCCUUGAAUGAGUAGGUAUUCUAAAACCUUUGACCAGUAGUGUAUUUGUGCAUAUAUUUGUGCCUUUUCAAUGUGUGUAUGUGUGUGUGUGCAUGUACAGUUGAAGUCGGAAGUUUACAUACACUUAGGUUGGAGACAUUAAAACUCGUCUUUCAACCACUCCACAUAUUUCUUGUUAACAAACUAUAGUUUUGCCAAGUCGGUUAGGACAUCUACUUUGUGCAUGACACAAGUAAUUUUUCCAACAAUUGUUGACAGACAGAUUAUUUCACUUAUAAUUCACUGUAUCACAAUUCCAGUGGGUCAGAAGUUUACAUACACUAAGUUGACUGUGCCUUUAAACAGCUUGGAAAAUUCCCCCAAAAUAUGUCAUGGCUUUAGAAGCUUCUGAUAGGCUAAUUGACAUAAUUUGAGUCAAUUGUAUUUGUACCUGUGGAUGUAUUUCAAGGCCUAUCUUCAAACGCAGUGCCUCUUUGCUUGGCAUCAUGGGAAAAUCAAAAGAAAUCAGCCAAGACCUCAGAAAAAAAAAUGUAGACCUCCACAAGUCAUCAUUGGGAGCAAUUUCCAAACGCCUGAAGGUACCAAUAGUACGCAAGUAUAAACACCAUGGGACCACGCAGCUGUCAUACCGCUCAGGAAGGAGACGCGUUCUGUCUCCUAGAGAUGACAAUACUUUGGUGCGAAAAGUGCAAAUCAAUCCCAGAACAACAGCAAAGGACCUUGUGAAGAUGCUGGAGGAAACAGGUACAAAAGUAUUUAUAUCCACAGGAAAAUGAGUCCUAUAUUGACAUAACCUGAAAGGCCGCUCAGCAAGGAAGAAGCCACUGCUCCAAAACCGCCAUAAAAAGAUAGACUACGGUUUGCAACUGCACAUGGGGACAAAGAUCGUACUUUUUGGAGAAAUGUCCUCUGGUCUGAUGAAACAAAAAUAGAACUGUUUGGCCAUAAUGACCAUUGUUAUGUUUGGAGGAAAAAGGGGGUCCUUGCAAGCCGAAGAACACCAUCCCAACCGUGAUGCACGGGGGUGGCAGCAUCAUGCUGUGGGGGUGCUUUGCUGCAGAAGAGACUGGUGCACUUCACAAAAUAGAUGGGAUCAUGAGGAAGGAAAAUAAUGUGGAUAAAUUGAAGUAACAUCUCAAGACAUCAGUCAGGAAGUUAAAGUUUGGUCGCAAAUGGGUCUUCCAAAUGGACAAUGACCCCAAGCAUAAUUCCAAAGUUGUGACAAAAUGGCUUAAGGACAACAAAGUCAAGGUAUUGGAGUGGCCAUCACAAAGCCCUGACCUCAAUCCUAUAGAAAAUCUGUGGGCAGAACUGAAAAAGGGUGUGCAAGCAAGGAGGCCUAAAACCUGACUCAGUUACACCAGCUCUUUCAGGAGGAAUGGGCCAAAAUUCACCCAACUUAUUGUGGGAAGCUUGUGGAAGGCUACCCGAAAUGUUUGACCCAAGUUAAAGAAUUUAAAGGCAAUGCUACCAAAUACUAAUUGAGUGUAUGUAAACUUCUGACCCACUGGGAAUGUGAUGAAAGAAAUAAAGCUUAAAUAAAUCAUUCUCUCUACUAUUAUUCUGACAUUUCACAUUCUUAAAAUAAAGUGGUGAUCCUAACUGACCUAAGACAGGGAAUUUUUACUUGGAUUAAAUGUCAGGAAUUGUGAAAAACUGAGUUUAAAUAUUUUUGGCUAAGGUGUAUGUAAACUUCCGACUUCAACUGUAUGUGUUUAUAGUGGUUUGUGGUCAUGCUAUAGCCUGUCUCGCUUAUCCUACAGAGGAAUCCUCAGGAAUGGAAACGGACUCUAUGGGUACGGUUGCCAUGGUGCCUGACGCUUUAGCUAUUGAGGAAGGUACCGGCUGAGUAAUGGCUAUGUACCGACAGCCACAGGGCUGGGCCUGCCUGCCUGCAUUGUUUCUUUUAAUGUUAAUCUAUCAGUCAAUCUGUUUGUUGACUUUUUCCUCUGUUUCAUCUUUACUUGCCUGUGGUCUUUGCUUUGUUUCUAUGGUCGGUUGUGUGUUUGUUUGGGUUGGGUUUGAUUUCCUUCCAUCAUCGGCUGUGUUUCUGAUGUUUUAUCUGGCCAACUCAACUCAACUCAACCUCUACAGUGCCUGUGAACUGCAUUACUAACUCAGAGAGAAUGCCCUGUUAUGCUCUACUGUACUGUUCUGCUCUGUGAUGUUGCUGCAUGUAAUGAUGACUUGUGAUGUUAUACACUACAUAACCAAAAGUAUGUGGACACUUUCUCGAUUCUCGAACAUCUCAUUCUAAAAUCAUGGGCAUUAAUAUGGAGUUGGUCCCCCCUGUGCUGCUAUAACAGCCUCCACUCUUCUGGGAAGGCUUUCCACUAGAUGCUGGAACAUUGCUGCAGGGACUUGCUUCCAUUCAGCAACAAGAGCAUUAGUGAGUUCGGGCACGGAUGUUGGGCGAUUAGGCCUUGCUCGCAGUCUGCGUUCCAAUUCAUUCCAAAGGUGUUCGAUGGGGUUGAGGUCAGGGCUCUGUGCAGGCCUGUCAAGUUCUUCCACAACGAUCUCGACAAACCAUUUCUGUAUGGACCUCGCUUUGUGCACAGGAGCAUUGUCAUGCUGAAACAGGAAAGGGCCUUCCCCAAACUGUUGCCACAAAGUUGGAAGAGCAGAAUCAUCUAGAAUGUAAUUGUAUGCUGUAGUGUUAAGAGUUCCCUUCACUGGAACUAAGGGGCCUAGCACAAACCAUAAAAAAUAGCCCCAGACUAUUAUUCCUCCUCCAUCAAACUUUACAGUUAGCACUAUUCAUUCGGCCAGGUAGCGUUCUCCAGGCAUCCGCCAAACCCAGAUUUGUCCAUUGGACUGUGAGAUGGUGAAGCGUGAUUCAUCACUCCAAAGAACACGUUUCCACUGCUCCAGAGUCCAAUGGCAGUGAGCUUUACACCACUCCAGCUGAUGCUUGGCAUUGUGCAUGGUGAUCUUAGGCUUGUGUGUGGCUGCUCGGCCAUGUAAACCCAUUUCAUGAAGCUCCCGACGAACAGAUCUUGUGCUGACGUUGCUUCCAGAGGCAGUUUGGAACACCGUAGUGAGUGUUGCAACUGAGGACAGAUGAUUUUUACGCAUUACGCGCUUCAGCACUCGGCGGUCCCGUUCUGUGAGCUUGUGUGGCCUACCACUUAACGGCUGAGCCGUUGUUGCUUCUAGACGUUUCACUUCACAAUAACAGCACUUAGUGUUGACCAGGGCAGCUCUAGCAGGGCAGAAAUUUGACGAACUGACUUGUUGGAAAGGUGGCAUCCUAUGACGGUGCCACGUUGAAAGUCACUGAGCUCUUCAGGACUGGCCAUUCUACUGCCAAUGUUUGGCUAUGGAGAUUACAUGGCGGUGUGCUUGAUUUUAUACACCUGUCAGCAACGUGUGUUGCUGAAAUAGCCGAAUCCACUAAUUUGAAGGGGUGUCCACAUACUUUUGUAUGUAAAGUGUAUCAUGUCAUGUUAUGGUAUACUGGUAAUGCAUGGUCAUUCAUGGUUUUAGUGAAUGGGGGAACUGUGAUUUAUGUUGUGUUUGGUAAGCAUACGCCAUGAUGUUAUAGUUUGAUUAGUGCCAUGAGAAAAAUAUUGCUUGUAUAUGCACUGCUUGACAAAUUGCAUCACAAUAUUUUCAUAGUGUUUCCCUGCAAGGCUGUGUGUGAGGCACAUGAUGGUGUCAUGCAGAGGUCCGUUGGCACUCCACUGGCCAGAACUACUGGUGCUGCUGGAAGUAACUAAUUGAUUUCACUGACUUAAUCCGUACACAUUUGUUAGGCUCAGAACCAUGAACAUUACAGUAAUCUACUGUGAAACGGGCAUGAUGUUCAAAAGCCGGUGCAUCAAGGUCAUUUCCAAUGAUAUCACACUCAUUUCAAGAGCUAUUGCAUGCUUAUUACAUGCCAAUUACAAAGGCCUAGUGCUACAUAGCAAAAUGUCACACAGACUAAAUUCAAUGGUAUUUGGAUUUAGUUUGUGAUGGUCAUGCCUUCACUUCUCCCUUUUUUCUUCUAGAUGAGUUGUUGUGGCAGACCACCCUGCCCCCCACGCUGCCCCCCACCACCGCCACGACAGACCCCCCCAACCCUGAACCAGACACCAGGCCCUUCAACAAUAGCCCCUCCAAUGAGUUCGACCUCACCGGGAAGAAACGCUUCACAGGUAGGCUACGGUAUGGAGAAAAGUGAUAACUGUAGUAUGUGCAAUGUGUGUGAGCAGGGAGUGUGCGUGUGUGUGUGUAUUCUUGUGUGUGUGUGUGUGUGUGUGUGUGUUUGUGUGUGUGGGUGGGUGUAUGUGUGUGAGCUUGCUUGCAUGUAUGCGUGCCUGAUCGCGUGCGUGCACCUCACAUGCACGUGGGUGUGUGCUUGUAAGUGUGUUUGAGCUGUUUUGUGUUUGAGUUUGACAAACUAUCUUUCUUGAUGAAAGAUACCACUUGCAGUUAUUUCAGCAUCACCGUCUAAGAGCUUAACCUUGUCAUCUGUGGAUUUAGACUUUACUGUUUAGAGCUUAACCCUGUCAUCACACAGGUCUGGCUUUAUACUGCAUUACCAUUAUCUAUAUGAUGGAUCUCAGUUUAAACUGAGCUUAACCUCUUCAAGCAUAUAGUAUAUCUCACUUAUUGUAAAUGAGUGAUCAUCCUGUCUUUCUGCAGUGUUCUCAGUAGUGAGUGAUUACAUUUGUUUUUGUGGGUUAAGAUUCUGUGAAGUCCCUCUAAAUGCCAAAGAGAAAGGCAGUUUUUCGUAACAUAAAUAAUGUUGAUCCAGGCAUCCAGCUGAAACACGUGUGUGUUUUUGUGUUUGAUUGAGUGAACAUGCUCCCAUUUUAACCCUCCCGUUGUCCUAGGGUCAAAAUGACCCGCCACUGUGUUGAACCAACUUUAUUUAAUUUUUAUAUUUUUUGGAUCAUUUGUGAGAAGGAGGCAGUGAUACUUUCUUUAAAGUCUCACUGCCUCCUUCUCACAAAUGAUACCAAAAAUAUAAAAAUUAAAUAAAGUUGGUUCAACACAGUGGCGGGUCAUUUUGACCCUAGGACAACGGGAGGGUUAAGUGUGUGUGUGUGUGCUUGUGUGCAACACGUGUGUCUCAGCCCUAUAAAUAAUUAUAGUCUAUUUGGUGUGUGUUCUGUUUUCUUUCACAUGGGAGAAAUUAACUCUGUCUCUCUAUCUUGGCUCAUUCAGUUGCACAUCUUAAAUACAUUCACAGUGCUUGACUAGCUCAUAUAUUUACAUGAUUACCCCUGGGCCAACGAAAACACUUUUAGGUGAGUGAGUGCCAUCAUUGCAUUGGUCUGGCAGAACCAUCAGAGGAGUUGUAUCUUCUAUUAGCUAACAGAUGAUAACCUGAAAUGACCUCUAAUGUUGUUUCACCCCUCUGUGACCCUCUCCUGCAGAGAUUGAGGGUCAAUCAUGGUCCUGGAGAGCUGUCCGCAUUGUUUACUGGGUUUUGUUCCAGCCCAAUACUAACACAGCUGAUGAAACUAAUCCAGGUCCCUAGAUUGAAGAGCAUGAUUAGUGUUAGUGCUGGGCUGGAGCAAAGGCACACUAGGGUUGCCAAACUUACCUUCUCUGGUCAACUUACCUGGUCAUGCCUUGGGUGUACAUAAUACAUGGGACUGGGUCUGUGUGUAAAGUGUCACUAUGACAGGUCAGAGAUUUGGAGACAACGGAGUCAGUUGAGAAUGUUGUUCCUAGAACAAAUGGUCGCACUGUAGGCCUUUGUACUUCCCAAUGCCACUCGACAGUUCAGGGUCCACAUGACAUUGGUCUGAGUGGACUGCCCUGACAGGACGGGGGUGACCGAUAACAUAGAAAGCUGUGAUGUCAGCCGAGGUCAGUGAGUGUUCUGAAAGGCGGGCUGAACUGCCUGAUAAGCCUUGGUUUCAAUUCUCCUCAUUAGGAAAUGCGAGAUUUGGGUUUUGGAGGUGUGCUUUGAUGUGGUUGUCCCUUGCGUGUGUGUUCGAACCUGGGAAGCGUUUGUACUUUCAUUCUUUCAUUCUAACAGUACACUGUUACAGUCACUCACUGUUCUAGAUAACUUGAAACAGUCUAACCAGGUCUUGUGUCUGAAAGUAGCCUAGACUAGCUAGCAAGCUAGCCAACUUCUUUCACCAGUUAGCUUCAGUCAGCUGGUGUACAACGGUGGCAAAGUUGGUUUGACUUUUGAUAGCCUAUCUGUGGGGCUAGUUAGGGAUCAUCAAUAAAUUAUACAAUGUAAAUGGAACAAUAUUUUCAUUUUGCAAACCUUUUAGUUGUCUCAUUAAAUGCUUUCAAAAUGUGUAUAUGCAUUUCUACAAUUUACAGUUGCUUUGAGGUUUUUAGGCCAUUGACAUUUGGAGCUAUUGACAUGAAAAAAAAAAUUCCCAUGUACAUUGUGUAAUUUACUGAUGGUCCCUAACUAGCCCCAUAGGGAUUUCGAAUGUCAAACCAAAUUGACCAUGGGCAUUACGAUCAGGUCGCAUGUAGCUGUGCUCCGAUUUGAUGAUUACUUGGGUGCUGCCAGCUGUGGGCAUGUGGGCAGGAUUGAAAUAAACCCAACCCAAGGAAAGCUAUUACGGUACCCUUCAUUCCGUGACAUGCCAUUUUUUCCAAAAUAUCUCGCAAAUCUCUGUUUUGGACGAGACUGACACUAUGACCAAAAUUACCCUAUUUGCACUUUGUAGUCAAUUUUGAAACUAGAACAAAUGUUUCUGACUCAUAUCAAUGCCACAUAGGCCGUUUUCAAAAGGAGAAGUUGCUUACUACGUUCAGUUGCUUUUGAAGCAUCCUGCUGUCUCUUUACUGCUCUAAUGUGCUUGCUUUGGCCUCGUCUGUCUCUUCCUGUCUGCUCCAUCCACAUCCACUCCUAUGGCUUAUUGCCUACCCCUGAGUUAGGCAGUACCACCAAUUGGAACACAAUUGGUUCCAAUUGUUUGGUUGGUGCACGAUGCUUGCAACACCAGAGCCAUUUACACUGAAUAUGCUGUAGGCUUAUGUGUUGACAGCUUUGGAUGAAAGUCUGCUAAAUUACCAUAUUUUUACAAUGUUAUUACAACAUUGGCCCCUGAACCAGGUCAUCUAAUCCAGUUAAACGGUUUCUGUGACGAUCCUGUGAGCCGAGGCCGGCAGACGCACAGCAAACACAUCUGAAGCUCAUUACAUCCAUGAAACAAAUCCUAAGACAGAAUGAAAUAGAAUAAGAAUAACAGUGAAAUAAAGAAAUAAUAUGAAACCCGCUGAUAUCAGCAGUGAGAGAAGAGGUCCCUGACGGCCAGACAAGGAGACAUCCUCUCACAUAUUUAUGAGUUUAAUAUAUCAGAUCCAACACAGCAGCCAGCUUUCUGACACAUCCACCAUUCCUCUAUCUGGAGGGGGUUUGACCAUGCUAACUUAAUUGACCAAUCGUGUCAGUCAACUGUACUGGCGCCAGCCAAAGGCCUUUGAGUUCCUCUUCACAGGCAGACACAUAUGUUAUCUGAAGACUCAUAUAGAGCUUAUGAUGUAAGUCAAUGGAGCAUUUCAAAAAGGAAGAAGAGUAUAAAGUUAUCCCUUCCCUUAUGUUCGAUUCGGCUUACACCGUUUAUGUUCUGGGUCAAUUUCAUAAAUAUAUGAUUUUAACCUCUCAAUGUAUUUUCCAGUAGCUGAGAAUGUCGUAUUUCAUAUGCUUUCCCCCCUGAGUUGAUAGACCCAACUGUUAAAAAUGUAGAGCCAAAUGUUUGACUACUGUACCAAAUUCGUAAAUCAAUCAAAUUACUACAUUUUCUGACAUUUCUGACAUUUUUUGCUAGAAUUCAGAUCACUGUCCCUCAGCCUCUGAACAUCACAGGGAAAACAUACUUAUAUCCUUGUGAUCAUCAUGGAUAGAUAUUUACUGCACAGAAGACCAACGACAAAGGUCAAGGUCAAAGGUCAAGGUCAAAUUGUCAUGAAGGGGUAGUGUUGAUCAGUGUUGAUCAGCCUCUCAGCAUCAUAGGGAAAUUAUAUGUACACUUAUAUCUACAGUAUGUUAUCAGCAUGGUUGCACCAUUCCUGUCCAGAAAUCAGCUUGUUUCUAGGACAAACUGUUCGAAAGUUAUAUACAUCAAGGUCAAGGUCAAAUUGCGGGUUUAAAUUGACCCAGAACAUUAUGGAUGUCACUAUUCCGGUACCGGGUCAAUUUUUUUGUUUUUCUUUUAAAUUACAUGUUUUGCAAGUUUCAGACCCAUACUUACUGUAGGUAAGUAGAUGAAGGGUCAUUGUGGGAAAAUUAUGUGAAAUAGUAUUUUAGUGAUUUCAAACUCUGUUUUCCGGAACAUAAAGGAAAGGGUUAAAAGCACUCCAUCUGCUUCCUCAGAAUGUAGUAGAUCAAAAGAUAGAUAUAGAAAGACUAUAGAAGACACAUGUUCAGAUCUCAAAAGUAAGAUACCAUGUGGAAACAGACACAUGUAUACAUCUAGAAAAGCACAUAAAAAGACAGACACAUCUGUGUCCAGAUGUGUAGCUAUAAGAACAUUAUGAGAUGUCGGUGAAAAGUUCUCAACUCUAUGCUAUAAAAAAAAAAAAGGAGAGUAGAAGCCUUUGAGGACAGUAACACUUGUAGCCCUGUUGGCCUGUGUCUGUUGGCUACAGUUGCCUGUCCCAAGUUGUGUGGUGGGGUGGGACUGAGUCCAGCCAAAUUCCCAUUCCCAUCGGCAGCCCAAUCAGACUGAGAAUUCUGGGAGUUCUGGAAGUGUUCACAGCUGUGUAUGGAUCCAACUGGCACUAGCUCCCACAAACACAGAGACGACAGAAAUACAGACAAACACAGACAGAAAAUCACCCGACGAGGAAGAAAGAUGGGACCAGGGGUCUCACACGACCUCUGACUUCUCCUGAACUCCUGACAAACAGAGGGACUCCUAAUAGACUGAGUUAUAAACUGAAUAGAUUGUAAUAUGAUACUUUAUUGUCCACCAGCAGAUGUUACAACAUUGCCUUCUUGUAUUAGAGCCUCUAUGCAGUCUUUUUAAUUAAAUCAUUUUAAAUCAUCACUGUAUGUCUAAAUCAUCAUUUCAUAAAAAUAACUCCAAAUGUAUUUUUUAUCAUUUAUUUCCCUGAGCGUCCUUUUGCCAUUGAAAUGCUCAGGCUGAUCGUGUGGGCGUGUCGAUGCAAAUUUAAAGACAGUAUAUUUACAUACACAGCCCUGAUUGCGGAUAGGGUCGUCUAGACUCUAGAGCCUACCCCGCCUAACCCUUCAAAGUAGUAGGAUACAUAAGCAAAUAAAAGAUGACUGGUCAGAAUAAUCAGAUCAGAUUGUGAUGUCAUGAUCUGGGCUAAAAACUCCAUCCCACCUGAACAGAUUGAAAUUCCAGGCAUUUUCUUCAAACAACUCUUACACAAAAACGGCAUUAUCAUAAUUUUCACAAUUUCAGAGUGUUAUUUCAACCUCAUAGUGUGGAAAUAUCAUGGAAAAAAACAGGAAAAUAAUGUAUUUAACCGCACUGCCUCUUUAACAUAAUUAUUUUAGUGUUUAAUGUAGACCAAUGAAAACCAUAGUGCUCUCCCACUAUGGUUGGUGCGUAAAACCAACGAAAAUGUAAUAUAAUUGAUCAACCAUCUUGCUGCUUUCCCAUCCCUCCUUGCCAUCCCUCCCUCCAGCUCCGUACGUGAACUUCAUCCAGAAGGAUCCGGGCGCUCCGUGCUCGCUGACGGAGGCUCUGGAAUACCUACAGGUGGACGUCCUGGAAAACCUGUUCAAGAAAGACAGCCUGGCUACCAAUCAGAAACAGCCGCCCAAGAACAAGCCCUACAACAUCACGGUGGUCGCCAUGGAAGGCUGUCAUUCAUUCGUCAUCCUGGACUGGGCCAUCCCACUGAAGGAUGACAUGGUGUCAGGUGAGUGGACCACAAUGUCACGCAGGGUGACUAGCAAGCUUGGCCACAUAGCGGGGUGUACUGUAGAUAAAAUGUGAGAUGUGUGAAAAGUAUUCUGUCAGUGCUUCAAGCAGUUAGUGUGCACUUAUACUGCAUUUAUUCUGAUCUUUCUUUCAGUAAUUGGUAUUUUGACCAAUCAGAUCAGCUCUGAAAAAGAUCUGAUGGGAAAAUAUCUGAUGUGAUUGAUCAAAAGACAACUUAGUGGAAAAAAUAUCAGUAAUUGGAUGCCUGUGAAAAUGCAGCCUAUGUCUGACUUCAACUUUUCUUUCCUGACCCAUUUCUUAUACUUUUCAAAGGAUCAUAGCAGGUCAGCAGACAUAAUCUAACUGGUUGUUGAUGUACUAGUCAGCUGCUAGUUAUAAUUUUAGGGAGUCACCCGACCCCCAAUGUUUUAGACAUCAAUAACUGAGUUUUGAGUACUGUAAAGCUAUAUUUGACCCCUCCCCAGCCCCAGCCCAUGGGGUCUAUGACAGGGAGAUUCAUAUCUAGAGGGAGAUCGAGGGAUCCAGUGUAUAGUGAGUGUGACUUGUGGACAGUGCUUCAGUCAGAGACAGGGGUUCAGUCUUCCAGAGAGAAGCUGUGUGUUGUCUUUGGCUGGCCAACAGAAGUUCCUUGUCCUGGAGUGGGCUGGGCCAUUCUCUGAUGUCUAAACCAUAUAGUAUCGCAGACCCGCACCACUUUCUCUCUCUGUCAAUCUCUCUUCCCCAGUAUUUCGAUAUCACAGUCUGUGCAGUCUCUCUCUCUCUCUCUCUCUCUCUCUCUCUCUCUCUCUCUCUCUCUCUCUCUCUCUCUCUCUCUCUCUCUCUCUCUCUCUCUCUCUCUCUCUCUCUCUCUCUCUCUCUCUCUCUCUCUCUCUCUCACUCUCCUGCAUCUUAUUCUCUCUCCAUCUCUCCAUUUUCCCACCCCCCUAACACUUGCUUUCCCAUUUCCCUCUUUUUCUCUCAUGUGAUUUUCCAGAUAUGUUGCCAUUUGUGAUACUUAUCCCCCUCUCCUCUUCUCUUGUCUGUGAUUCAUGUUGGUUGGUGUCAUUUCCUAUUUAGCAUAAUCACUGCGCUAUUUGUUAGCAUAUUCUGCAGAUGUCCAUCCCAUAUGAAAAAAAAUACAUUUCAAUAUACUGUAUUUAAAAUCUUUGCUAAAAUGCAUGCAAUGUCUUAAAAUGUAUUCUAGAGAUACAUUUGCUCAAAUGCAUGUACUGAAAUGUCUGACAACAUUCCAGAAAUGCAUGACUAUGACAUCUAGUCUACAGGGUGGCAAAAGUGGUUCCUAAUUAGGCUUCUUAAAUUACUCUUUACGUAUUGAUCAAUGGAGAUAAUUUUUGGGGCCACCAAGCCAAAACUUUGUCAGUGAUAUACGUAAUUUAAAUUGUGAUGGUCAAUAAAACAAAUCUGUUUGAUUUCACCUAAUUUUUACAUUCUGUCAUAAAGAGCACAUCUUCAACUUUAUAAAAAACUAGUUUUCCCCUCUUUAAUAAAAAGUAAGUGACUAGUAACUCUUUUCAGCUUAGUUAAAUAAUGAAAGAAAACCGGGCACUAGGCAAAAAAGUAAUAAAUUGUUGUUUAUUGUCGUUGUUAUCGAUUUGAACAAACUAUACCUUGUACAAUGCUCCAUAAUAUGUCAACGUGUAGGUAUGGGCUUUGCACUUCCAAUGAGUUGUGUUAUAUGGCUCUACAGUGUUUGGUUAGUGGUGUUAUGGUGUGUUCGUAACCAAGUGGGAAGUGGGAAUUUAUCAAUCUGUGAAAAAUCCACUUGAACGGUAAUUACUAGUUAAAUCGGCUAUGAAUCCCCUUGUGACAGGGGGAAUAGAAGCUUGUUGUGUGCAACAGGGAGGGGCAAUUGAAUGUAAGAUUUAAAAUAAAAUCUAAAUUGUUUAAACAUUGCUAGCCUAUCUAUCUAUGGGUAACAGGGUUGACGUGUUAUGCUCAACCCACUCAGUUUUUCACCACAAAAUGCCAAAAAGAGUAGAACCAGCUCACCUACGGUUUUCCUACUUACAAAGCAUGUAGAGGUCUGUAAUUUUUAUCAUAGGUACACUUCAACUGUGAGAGACUGAAUCUAAAAAUCCAGAAAAUCACAUUGUAUGAUUUUUAAGUAAUUCAUUUGCAUUGUAUUGCAUGACAUAAGUAUUUGAUCACCUACCAACCAGUAAGAAUUCCGGCUCUCACAGACCUGUUCGUUUUUCUUUAAGAAGCCCUCCUGUUCUCCACUCAUUACCUGUAUUAACUGCACCUGUUUGAACUCGUUACCUGUAUAAAAGACACCUGUCCACACACUCAAUCAAACAGAAUCCAACCUCUCCACAAUGGCCAAGACCAGAGAGCUGUGUAAGGACAUCAGGGAUGAAAAUUGUAGACCUGCACAAGGCUGGGAUGGGCUACAGGACAAUAGGCAAGCAGCUUGGUGAGAAGGCAACAACUGUUGGUGCAAUUAUUAGGAAAUGGAAGAAGUUCAAGAUGACGGUCAAUCACCCUCGGUCUGGGGCUCCAUGCAAGAUCUCACCUCGUGGGGCAUCAAUGAUCAUGAGGAAGGUGAGGGAUCAGCCCAGAACUACACGGCAGGACUUGGUCAAUGACCUGAAGAGAGCUGGGACCCCAGUCUCAAAGAAAACCAUUAGUAACACACUACGCCGUCAUGGAUUAAAAUCCUGCAGCACACGCAAGGUCCCCCUGCUCAAGCCAGCGCAUGUCCAGGCUCGUCUGAAGUUUGCCAAUGACCAUCUGGAUGAUCCAGAGGAGGAAUGGGAGAAGGUCAUGUGGUCUGAUGAGACAAAAAUAGAGCUUUUUGGUCUAAACUCCACUCGCCAUGUUUGGAGGAAGAAGAAGGAUGAGUACAACCCCAAGAACACCAUCCCAACCGUGAAGCAUGGAGGUGGAAACAUCAUUCUUUGGGGAUGCUUUUCUGCAAAGGGGACAGGACGACUGCACCGUAUUGAGGGGAGGAUGGAUGGGGCCAUGUAUCGCAAGAUCUUGGCAAACAACCUCCUUCCCUGAGUAAGAGCAUUGAAGAUGGGUCGUGGCUGGGUCUUCCAGCAUGACAACGACCCGAAACACACAGCCAGGGCAACUAAGGAGUGGCUCCGUAAGAAGCAUCUCAAGGUCCUGGAGUGGCCUAGCCAGUCUCCAGACCUGAACCCAAACGAAAAAUCUUUGGAGGGAGCUGAAAGUCCGUAUUGCCCAGCGACAGCCCCGAAACCUGAAGGAUCUGGAGAAGGUCUGUAUAGAGGAGUGGGCCAAAAUCCCUGCUGCAGUGUGUGCAAACCUGGUCAAGACCUACAGGAAACUUAUGAUCUCUGUAAUUGCAAACAAAGGUUUCUGUACCAAAUAUUAAGUUCUGCUUUUCUGAUGUAUCAAAUACUUAUGUCAUGCAAUAAAUGCAAAUUAAUUACUUAAAAAUCAUACAAUGUGAUUUUCUGGAUUUUUGUUUUAGAUUCCGUCUCUCACAGUUGAAGUGUACCUAUGAUAAAAAUUACAGAUCUCUACAUGCUUUGUAAGUAGGAAAACCUGCAAAAUCGGCAGUGUAUCAAAUACUUGUUCUCCCCACUGUAGUUUCACCAUAUUAAAACGAGAGUUCAGUUCACGUAACAGGGUUGACCUUAGUAAAAUGAGGGACAGACGUCUGAAGUCGGUGCCGCCAAUCUACCAACUUCUGUCUGUAGUGUCCGAACAGUUUGGACUACACACUAAUAUUACCCUUUACAGAGGGGAGACUCUCACGGACACGUACUGUACAUGUCUGUUGUUUUGCUCUAGGACGCCCACAAGCUUUACAAUACUCAAUACUGAAGGUAGCCCGGUACCAGUAAAAAAAAAUUUAUGGAAGUAUAUAUGGAAGUAGUUUAGUGCCCCAAAAAUGUUUUACAAUUACACAUUAUUUGGCCAAUUUAUCCUAAAAACUGUAUCUAAUAUAUAUUUUUAUUUAAAAACAAUUCCUGUAUGGGCUGAGUUGUCAGAAAGAUUAGCAAAGGAAAGAGGAAAGAAAGAGCAGGUGAGAGGCAGCAGAGGUGAGAGAGAAUGAAAGAGUGAGGAGAAGGAGAAGUGAGUGGCAGGCUGCAAUAGUGCUUCUGUUUUCACACUUCUGAUUACAAAAUAUAGUGAGAGAGAGAAAUGAAAGAGAGGGAGAGCAAGAGGGAACCACACAAUCAGAGAGAAAGAGUGGUGUCUGUGGUAGUGGUUCCCUCCUCCUCCUUCUCCCCUCCACCUUGAGCCAGCUGUGUUGGCCAGGCUCCAGCAAAAAUAUGAACACAUAUGAGCUAGAUGUGGCGGGGAGCGCCGUACUCGUAGAGUUUCCACUGGCUGAGUAGCAUGAUCUGAGCAUUCCAUGACCUCAGGACUCACGUACUGGCCUGUGGUUUUAUGGAGGAUUACCCUUCUGUGUGUGUGUGUGAGAGGAGAGGCAAAACAAGAGGUGAGAAACAGAGAAACAGAUUGGCUCGGUAUGUGUAGUUGUUGGCAGAUCCACAAUGUGAUUUACCGCGGCUGUUUCUAGUUUAAAACCACUGAUACCUCAAAUGAGUUAGGAUCGUUCUUCUGCCUCCAAUCACUCUCCUCUCAAAUGAAAUAUUUCCUCUCUAACAUCAGACCACCCUUACUUUUGGCUACCCAUCAAAACCAACAUGGCUACAUUUUUUUCUCCUUCUCAAACUUCAAAAUGGAUCAAUGCUCUCUAACCUCUGGUGACCUUUGGCCCCUGACCCGUGCCCUGUGUGUGAGCCCUGCAGGCUACAUGGUCCACAGCGCCUCAUACGAUGACGUCCUCAACAACAGGUGGUCCUCCAGCGCAUCCAGCGGCUCACACCUGGCUAUAGAAAACCUCAAGCCUAACUCCAGGUGAGAAUAUACUCUCUGUGUGUGUGAGAGUGUUUAAUGUCUUACACAAUGGGCUGGUUAUACAAACAAAGGAUUUGCGAGAUGUUACGGCUCAUAGAUUCUUUACCCAUGUGUGUGCAGUCUGUGGAGGUGUUUGGCUGCGUAUUUGUGUCUGUGUGUAAGUAUUUAUAACUAUAAAUCAAAUCAAAUUGUAUUUAUCACAUGCGCCGAAUACAGCUUGUGUAGACUUUACAGUGAAAUACUUGCUUAUGAAUCUUUCCCAAUGAUGCAGCAUUUAAAAAUAAUAAUACAAAAUAAAAUAGUAACUAACACAAGAUGAAUAAAAUUAAAUACACAAGAAUGGAGCUACAGUAUAUACAGGGAGUACUAGUACCAGAUCAAUGUGCAGAGAUGCGAGGUACUUGAGGUAGUUAUGUACAUGAAGGCAGGGUAAUGUGUCUAGGCAUCUGGAUAGAUAAUAAUUAGAGUAAAAUAAAGAACAGAGUAGCAGCAGCAAAAGAUGAGUGUAGAAGUGUGUGUGAGAGUGUGCGUGUGUGUAUGUAUUUGUGUUUGUGUCGUGUCGGUAUGCGUGUAUGUCAGCGGAGGCUCCUCAAAGGAGGAAGGGGAGGACCAUCCUCCUCAGUGAAUUUCUGGAAAAAAAAAUAGUGAAACAUAAAAAAAGUUAUCCUUUUUAGAUAAAACUAUACUAAAUAUAUUCACGUCACCAAAUAAUUGGUUAAAACAUACGUUUUUGCAAUGAAGGUCUACAGUAGCCUCAACAGCACUCUGUAGGGUAGCACUAUGGUGUAGCCGGAGGACAGCUAGUUUUCGUCCUCCUCUGGGUACAUUGACUUCAAUACAAAACCUAAGAGGCUCUUGGUUCUCACCCCCUUCCAUAGACUUACACAGUAAUUAUUACAACUUCCGGAGGACGUCCUCCAACCUAUCAGAGCUCUUGCAGCAUGAACUGACAUGUUGUCCACCCAAUCAAAGGAUCAGAGAAUGGAUGUAGUACUGAACGCAUAAGCUACAGCUAGCUAGCACUGCAGUGUAUAAAAUGUGGUGAGUAGUUCACUCAGAGAGAGGGAGACAAUAGUUGAACAGUUUUGAACAAAUUAAUUUAUUCAAAAAUGAAGGAGAAGCAAGAGAGUUAGCUAUAUUUCAUUGUAUUUUUGUAUUCACUUUCACUGUCACUUACUUAGCUAGCGAAUGCAGCUAGCUAGUUUAGCCUACUCAAAAACCUGCUCAAACAGAGAUGGAUGAUGCUAUGUUAGCUGGCUGGCUAUUGCUAUCCAACACUGGAACUGUUCCAAGUCAAGGUAAGCUUUUGGUUUUAUUAAUUUAUUGCCACCAGGGCCCACUGCUAAACUGCUUGUUGACUGUACUGCAGGUGAAAAGAGGAGAGCACAUAGAUGCGAGAAGGAAUUAUACAAAGAGCAAAGUGAUCAUGCUGUUUCUAUGUGACUGCUAUGAAAGUGAACUGUGUUUGCGUGUGAUCAGGGGUGUAUUCAUUCCACGGGUUCUGUUGAAAAAUGUUUCUUAAACGGAAGCAAACUGUUAUGAUGAGUUUCUCUGGUAUCAAGUAAUUCAGGAUGCAAGAAUAUACUUAAACAAUUAUAUGGAGAGUUAAUGCAAAGUAUUUAUUUGAUUACAGUACUGGGUUCGUAUAACAAACGGCACGUGCUUCUCGUCUUGUCAUCCGAACUCUGGGCAAAGGAAAUCUCUCAGUUUAUAUAUUUCAUGUUACCGUUUCUUCAACAACAUCUGGUAACCAUCAGUGGGCACUCCCCACUCUGAUGGUACCAGCUUGUACCCAAGUCAGUAUAUUCCAUCUAUCAAUCAUUUACAUUUACAUUUUAGUCAUUUAGCAGACGCUCUUAUCCAGUGAGUGCAUACAUUUUCUAAGAUAAACCCCAGUAAGCUCCCUCGACAUACUGGAAUCCUUGGCAUUCAGACUCUGUGGCACCAAGAGUUACCUAUCUAACAGAUUUAACUUUUUUCCCACAACACUAUGACAAUACGUUAUAUCACAAACAGAACGAAACGAGGAUAAACAUACCUGAAUUUGUCCAAUAGAAACUCUCAUUUGCAACUGUUGGACUAAUGAUUACACCCUAGAUCAGCUAGAUGCAGGCAAGAGUGUGCAAGGCGGUAUUAAAUGUGUCACUGUCUGUCACCUUGAUUACUCAAAUUGUUCUCUUCAUCUGUGCACCUACGUUGUAAACUUCCAUUCAUAGGCUAGGUUGUAGCAACCUCAUGAUGGGUAUAGGGAAAGUUUGAGUAUCAUGUGUAGUAGCCUAAACGUAUCAAUGUUACAUUGAACUGGGUGAAUGGAAUAUGAAUGACAGUCAUCCAAUUUGCUGUAAUAGAAAUAAGGCCAUGCUCAUAAAAAAAAGAAUUGUCCUCCCUCAUCUUAAACGACACGACCGCCAUUGGUGUUUGUAUUAUGUGUGUGCGUUUGUAGUGUUAGUGAAUGUGUGAGGGUUUUGUGUGGGAGUGACAGUGUAGUGUGUGUGAAUGAGUGUGUAUAUGAUGUGUAUAUAAAGUGUGUGUGCGUAGGGUCAGUGCAAGAUAGAGUCAGUACAGAUAGUUCAGGUACCAUUAAUUGACUAUUUAGUAGUCUGGCUAUUUAUCAGUCUAAUGGUUUGGGGGUAGAAGCUGUCUCGGAGCCUGUUGGUCCGAGAGCCAAUGCUCCAGUACCGUUUGCCGGACGGUAGCAGAGUGAACAGUCUAUGGCUUGGGUGGCUGGAGUCUUUGGCAAUUCUAUGGGCCUACCUAUAGGGUAUUGGAAUGUGUGUUUAUAUGAUAAUUGUUCCCGGUAGGUCUCAGUGAUGCUAGACACAUAAGAUGUGUACACUGUAUCUGUCUCUGUGUGUGUUAUAUCAGCCCCAGUCAGAGACCAGCAGAGCGUGGUAUUGUAAUGCUUAUAUACAGUAAGUUAUUAAGAAGCCCUCAGAGUGAUGUAAAUCAGAGCUAACUGGAUAUAGGCAGGUUUGAAAACACGUUUAAAUCAUCCUGAAAACAUGACGGGCUGAGAUAAUCCACCGAGAAGCAGGAAACACACAGAAACGUAAAUACAGCAGACAUCACUGCCAACACACACACACACAACACAUAAGGCACUGUUAUGAUGUAGGGGUGUGUUCCCGAAACCAUGUCUUAUGGGUCACGGGUUGCAGCUUUCUAAACAAGCGUGUGGAAACAUCUCUUAACAUGCAAACUCAGGGAGGCUGUUAUGACUUUAGGCUAUUUUCUCUCCAAUUAUGUAUUUAGGCUAUUUUCUAUCAAAUGGAAUAUGAAGAGGUUAUGUAUACAAAAUUAUGCAAAAUAAACUGUUUGUUUCUGGGUCAAAAUUAAAAUUUUGCUCUGCGCAAUUUUAACAUUUUGGAGAUAACAACGUUAGGGUGUUAUUGGGUUCUUGGGUAGCUCGACUGUGUGCUCAUGGAGUGAGCAGCCCACACUGUGCUUGAACUGCUGACCUUUCGUGAUUAGCCAGUCCAAAUAAAUCACACUCUCUCUACCUCUCGCUCUCACUCACUCAUCUCCACAGAGAGGUAGAAAACACACACAACCCAAAGAGAGAGAGAGAGAGAGAGAGAAGUAUAGUUCAGAGAGAGAGAGAGAAGAGCCCUAUCGCCGGCCCCUAUAUCUCUCUCUCCCGACUUGUAGACUCUUUCUCUCUCUCUCUCUCUCUCUCUCUCUCUCCCUAUCUCUCCUCUCUCUCCUCUCUCUCGGCUCUCUCUCCCCAAUCCCCUUUUCUAUAGAGCUCACCCACACGUUCGUUACCCCGCCCCACACACCUGCACUAACACACAUUUAUAUAUACACACACAGCUCCAAGCCAACAAUUCAGACCUGAGCCAACGGUUCACGCUCAGGUGUUAGCCAUGCACAUGCAGACACAUGUAGGCCUACACAGCACGCUUUGUUUCUGUCACACACACACACACUCUCACACUUGAUGAACUGUCCCACGAACAUCACACACAGCUCACUCAAACGCUCAUCCACUAUCACUGCGGACACACACACGCACAGGCAGAUGUUCCUAAAUUCAUAACUUUGGAAUGUAGAAUGCAUGCAUAACUGUGCAUGCAUUUGCUCUUGACCUGUGGUUUGUGUGUGUAUGUGUCUGUGUGUGCACAUUAAUGAGUAAAAACGUUGUGGACAAAAAGUGGGUAGAGUGAUUGACAGUUUAUAAUUGUUCAUGAAAGGUUCACCUGAGCCAGGCUGUCUGAGGGGCUAAGCUGCUUGGAAGUGGCUGUCUGUAAGGUUCCAUCUAAAGACAUACAUUUCAGUCUCUCUGCACUGCAGCAACACUACCCCACGUCUCCACGUAGACACACACCCACGCGUGCAUACACGCGCACACGCACACACACGCACACGCACACACACACACACACACACACAUAUAUACCAAUGCACCAAUCCUACACCUCCUAGACAGCUGUCUCCUUAAUAAGCCCAGGAUGAAGAAUGCUGCUCACUAAAUGACUGAAAGGCAUAAAUCUCCUACAUGAUGACUGAGAUAUGCUUCGGUUUUACAUCAGAACUACGUUUUAGUUACUUAAAGGCAUAAUUCACUCAAAAACUAUCUUUUGGUAUUUUUUUCAUUAGUCCACUGUUGAUACGGUCCCAAAAACGUUUUGCAUGUCAGCGAUCAAGUUUUAAAGAUAUAGGACUUUCAAAAAGCAAAUUGUAACUUGCCACAUCAUCAUCAUGAUGCAUAACGCAUCAAAUGAUGAUGUGGGAAGCUAAUAAGGGGAGGAUAACUCAUAAUGGAAUGGAAACCAUGUGUUUGAUACCAUUCCACCUAUUCCGCUCCAGCCAUUACAUUUUAGUUAUUUAGCAGACGCUCUUAUCCAGAGCGACAUACAGUUAGUGAGUGCAUACAUUUUUCAUACUGGCCCCCCGUGGGAAUCGAACCCACAACCCUGGUGUUGCAAACGCCAUGCUCUACCAACUGAGCUACACGGGCUUGUUACCACAUGCCCGUCCUCCCCAAUUAAGGUGCCACCAACCUCCUGUGGUGGCAAGUUAAAAUGUGCUUUUGGAAAGUCCUAUAUCUUGAAAAAUAUACCAAAGGAUUGUUUUUGAGUGAAUUAUUCCUUUAAGUCAAGAUCUGAAAUCAAGGUAUAAAAAGAAAAUGUAUAUGAGAACUUCUCUGUCUCUCUCUCUCUCUCUCUCUCUCUCUCUCUCUCUCUCUGCCUCUCUCUCUCUCUGCCUCUCUCCAUGAUUUUCUCUUUUUCUGCCUCCUUUUCUCGUUUAUUUUCUGAUAUCUUGGUCAGUUUCCACAUGGCUCCAGUGAUUGGAUCCAGACUGGCAGACUUUAUGUCGUUAAAGGGUUUGGGUGGAAAUUAGCGGACCGUGAAAUUACUGUAUGUAACCCUACAGCGGGGGGAGAACACACACACACACAGACACACAUUGUCCAUGGUAUGGAAAAGGUUGCAAACCCUCCGAGCCUUGUCUCACAGUGUUGUUUUGAAUCUGAGGGGAUUAAAUAAUUCCUCCCCUGUACAGUAUGUAUUUAAAACACACUGAGACUAAAGUGAAGUGAGCUCACCCUUACAAAAAAAUAUACAUUUAAAGAAAAACACAUGGUUUUCGGACACGUGGGAACACGUGGGGACAAAUCAUGUGAAUUUGUAUUUUUUUCCCACAUGUUUAUAUUCACCAUUUCCAGCUACAUCUGGUCUCCCAUCCAGGGACCAACCAGGACCGACCGUGCUUAGCUUCAGAGGCAAAUCAGCAGUGGGAUGCAGGAUGCCAUGUUGCUGGAAUGAAUGCGCCAAAACUUGCAAAUGGGAAAAAGGCAGUGAAAGCAAAGGCCAGGGUAACAUAUCCAAAUAUAGGAAAAAUUGCAGGAAAGAGGGAGGUGUUUAAUUUAAUUGCAUUAUCAUACUUUUUUUAUUUAUCUGAAAAUGUUUUUUUUGCAUCCAUUUACAAUUAAUUUGUUCUUACAUUUCAAAAUGUUUCCUCGAAAUAUGUUGUUUUGCUAACAAUAUCAUUCUCAACUUCAGAAGUUUUGCUUGAUAUUAAUGGCACAAAAGUAACUCACUCGCUAGAGGAUUGCACCAUAUAAUAACACUAUUACUCCAUUUGUGUUUAAAGCGGCAAUCCUUAAUUGAAACAUGAAUAAAGUGUUCUCCUCACCAAAGUUUCAGUAAAAAGCUGAGGGAUGGGGCUGGAGAAAUGCAACCACUCUCAAAUCCAUUGUCUAUGCUAAGGACUGACCAUCCAUGAUAUAAAAAUUAUAGGUUUAACCAUGUUUUUAGGUUGUUUACAUUUACUUUGUUUACAAACAUUGCAGUAAAACAAGAUUCUAUUUUGGGUUCUGAUGGGGUGUGACAGUUGAACUAAACUCAUUAGACAAAAUACGUUAUAUUCUUCAAGAAUCAAUGGGUACAUAUACAGUACAUUUAUAAAUCCAAAAAUGGAUGUAGCAACUAAGAAUUGCCCCUUUAACAGGCAGUGACCUUCAUACAGCAGAACUAUAUGAAGGUCCCCCAAAAAUGUAAGCUGCCCACACUUCUGCAAAUGUCCCGCAAAAUCGUUUCCUGGUCCCGCAUUUGGGCCUUUUAUUUGUGGUCACUUUUAAUUCCACCGGUGGAAACAUUGCUACUGCAACAUGUUAACAUAAUUUUAGAACAUUAUUUCAACCCCACAUGUGAACUUGCAAUUCCACAUGUGAAAGUGAGAUUUUCACGUGAAGUUUUCUUACAUGUGAAACUGCUAAUUUUAUUUUCACUUUCACCUGUGGAAUUGCAAGUGAAAAUGAAUCACAUGUAAAAAAAAAAAAAAAAAAAAAAAAAAAAACGAUUUUCAAAUGUGAAACUGCAAAUUUGACAUGUCGUUUUUUGUAGGGGCAGAGCUCAGUCAGUCAGGAGGAACGUUGUCAUAUAGAAAAGCUGUCGAUGUGAAAUUGCUGCCUUAAGGACGUUAUUUCUCUUCCUCCCUCUCUCCCCCUCUUUCUAUCUACUCCCUCUUUCUUGCUCUCUCUCGCUCUCUCCCUCUUUCCCUCCCACCCUCACUCCCUUUAUCCCUCUUCAACACGUGCCAUAUUACCAUUUUACUGCAUUCUGCUCUCUUUAGAUUACUAAGAACAUAAAAACAGUCUUCUCUUAAUUCUACCUCCCUCUCUCCUCUCUGACGGUGCAGGAGUCAAGUGCUGCCUCCCUUCCGGCCAUCUACUCUAGUCAUUAGGGUAUAAACACCUUCCAUGUGGCAACAGAGACCUGGCUAAAUGACUCUUUAACACCUAUAAUAAUGGCUAUAUCUUACACACACACCCUGUUUUGUCUUGGUUUGUUUUACCUCAGGUACUACUUCAAAGUCCAGGCCAAGAAUGUCUUUGGGCUGGGACCAGUCAGCGAUACAUUCACCUAUGUCACUGAGUCAGGUCUGUAUGAGUAUUAGGUGAGAUUGCUAGGGUCAGUUUUGCUUUGUGCCUGUGCUAAGGCCACGUCUACCUUAUUUGUCUGUAUCCUCCCGUUUUUAGUUUAUGUAUAAAUUCUGUCCCAGUUCAUGUCUCUCAUUUUAACAAGUUCUUUCUCUUUUUCAGAUGACCCUCUUCUUAUUGAACGACCUCCUGGUGAGUAACAUCGAUAGUUCUCAUAUAUUACGCUAACAUUAUUGAUGAAACUUGUUGGCUUAUACUCUAGUCCAGACCAUUGCUUCAGGUCAUUUGAAGAAACCCAAAGUGACAGCUGGAGUGAGCUGGUGAGGAGUUCAAUCUGUGGACAGACAUACGAACGGCUGCAUACACCUACACUGACAUAUACUGGACUUGGCAGACAUCCAUAGUGAUAAAACGAUGCCAAAGUAUAGUUUUGGUAUUUAUAGUAUUUUGUUUUAGGGGGUAGAUCAGCUUUAAUAUUGCAGAUAGAUUGUAACUUCCAUCAAUGUAAUUGUCUGCAUCACUUCCAAUCCCCCACGUUUUUUUUCUCGCAUAUACAGUUGAAGUCGGAAAUGUACAUACACCUUAGCCAAAUACAUUUAAACUCAGUUUUUCACAAUUCCUGACAUUUAAUCCUAGUAGAAAUUCCCUGUCUUAGGUCAGUUAGGAUCACCACUUUAUUUUAAGAAUGUGAAAUGUCAGAAUAAUAGUAGAGAGAAUGAUUUAUUUCAGCUUUUAUUUUGUUUAUCACAUUCCCAGUGGGUCAGAAGUUUACAUACACUCAAUUAGUAUUUGGUAGCAUUGCCUUUAAAUUGUUUAACUUGGGUCAAAUGUUUCGGGUAGCCUUCCACAAGCUUGACUUUGUUGUCCUUAAGCUAUUUUGCCACAACUUUGGAAGUAUGCUUGGGGUCAUUGUCCAUUUGGAAGACCCAUUUGCGACCAAGCUUUAACUUCCUGACUGAUGUCUUGAGAUGUUGCUUCAAUAUAUCCACAUUAUUUUCCUUCCUCAUGAUGCCAUUUAUUUUGUGUAGUGCACCAGUCCCUCCUGCAGCAAAGCACCCCCACAGCAUGAUGCUGCCACCCCCGUGCUUCACGGUUGGGAUGGAGUUCUUCGGCUUGCAAAGACCCCCUUUUUCCUCCAAACAUAACAAUGGUCAUUAUGGCCAAACAGUUCUAUUUUUGUUUCAAUUGACUCAAAUGAUGUCAAUUAGCCUAUCAGAAGCUUCUAAAGCCAUGACAUCAUUUUCUGGAAUUUUCCAAGCUGUUUAAAGGCACAGUGAACUUACUGUAUGUAAACUUCAGACACACUGGAAUUGUGAUACAGUGAAUUAUAAGUGAAAUAAUCUGUCUGUAAACAAUUGUUGGAAAAAUACUUGUGUCAUGCACAAAGUAGAUGUCCUAACCGACUUGCCAAAACCAUAGUUUGUUAACAAGAAAUGUGUGGAGUGGUUGAAAAACAAGUUUUAAUGAUUGCAACCUAAGUGUAUGUAAACCUCCGACUUCAACUGUAUGUAUAUAUACACAUACAGUGAGGGAAAAAAGUAUUUGAUCCCCUGCUGAUUUUGUAUGCUUGCCCACUGACAAAGAAAUGAUCAGUCUAUAAUUUUAAUGGUAGGUUUAUUUGAACAGUGAGAGACAGAAUAACAAUAAAGAAAUCCAGAAAAAUGCAUGUCAAAAAUGUUAUAAAUUGAUUUGCAUUUUAAUGAGGGAAAUAAGUAUUUGACCCCCUCUCAAUCAGAAAGAUUUCUGGCUCCCAGGUGUCUUUUAUACAGGUAACGAGCUGAGAUUAGGAGCACACUCUUAAAGGGAGUGCUCCUAAUCUCCGCUUGUUACCUGUAUAAAAGACACCUGUCCACAGAAGCAAUCAAUUAAUCAGAUUCCAAACUCUCCACCAUGGCCAAGACCAAAGAGCUCUCCAAGGAUAUCAGGGACAAGAUUGUAGACCUACACAAGGCUGGAAUGGGCUACAAGAUCAUCGCCAAGCAGCUUGGUGAGAAGGUGACAACAGUUGGUGCGAUUAUUCGCAAAUGGAAGAAACACAAAAUAACUGUCAAUCUCCCUCGGCCUGGGGCUCCAUGCAAGAUCUCAACUCGUGGAGUUCAAUGAUCAUGAGAACGGUGAGGAAUCAGCCCAGAACUACACGGGAGGAUCUUGUCAAUGAUCUCAAGGCAGCUGGGACCAUAGUCACCAAGAAAACAAUUGGUAACACACUACGCCGUGAAACUCUGAAAUCCUGCAGCGCCCGCAAGGUCCCCCUGCUCAAGAAAGCACAUAUACAGGGCCGUCUGAAGUUUGCCAAUGAACAUCUGAAUGAUUCAGAGGAGAACUGGGUGAAAGUGUUGUGGUCAGAUGAGACCAAAAUCGAGCUCUUUGGCAUCAACUCAACUCGCUGUGUUUGGAGGAGGAAGAAUGCUGCCUAUGACCCCAAGAACACCAUCCCCACCAUCAAACAUGGAGGUGGAAACGUUAUGCAUUGGGGGUGUUUUUCUGCUAAGGGGACAGGACAACUUCACCGCAUCAAAAGGACGAUGGACGGGGCCAUGUACCGUGAAAUCUUGGGUGAGAACCUCCUUCCCUCAGCCAGGGCAUUGAAAAUGGGUUGUGGAUGGGUAUUCCAGCAUGACAAUGACCCAAAACACACAGCCAAGGCAACAAAGGAGUGGCUCAAGAAGAAGCACAUUAAGGUCCUGGAGUGGCCUAGCCAGUCUCCAGACCUUAAUCCCAUAAAAAAUCUGUGGAGGGAGCUGAAAGUUCGAGUUGCCAAACGUUAGCCUCGAAACCUUAAUGACUUGGAGAAGAUCUGCAAAGAGGAGUGGGACAAAAUCCCUCCUGAGAUGUGUGCAAACCUGGUGGCCAACUACAAGAAACGUCUGACCUCUGUGAUUGCCAACAAGGGUUUUGCCACCAAGUACUAAAUCAUGUUUUGCAGAGGGGUCAAAUACUUAUUUCCCUCAUUAAAAUGCAAAUCAAUUUAUAACAUUUUUGACAUGCAUUUUUCUGGAUUCUUUUGUUGUUAUUCUGUCUCUCACUGUUCAAAUAAACCUACCAUUAAAAUUAUAGACUGAUCAUGUCUUUGUCAGUGGGCAAACGUACAAAAUCAGCAGGGGAUCAAAUACUUUUUUCCCUCACUGUACAUAUACACAUAUAUAAAUAUAAAUACAUAUACAUACAGUGGGGAAAAAAAGUAUUUAGUCAGCCACCAAUUGUGCAAGUUCUCCCACUUAAAAAGAUGAGAGAGGCCUGUACUUUUCCAUCAUAGGUACACAUCAACUAUGACAGACAAAUUGAGAAAAAAAAUUCCAGAAAAUCACAUUGUAGGAUUUUGAAUGAAUUUAUUUGCAAAUUAUGUUGGAAAAUAAGUAUUUGGUCACCUACAAACAAGCAAGAUUUCUGGCUCUCACAGACCUGUAACUUCUUCUUUAAGAGGCUCCUCUGUUCUCCACUCGUUACCUGUAUUAAUGGCACCUGUUUGAAAUUGUUAUCAGUAUAAAAGACACCUGUCCACAACCUCAAACAGUCACACUCCAAACUCCACUAUGGCCAAGACCAAAGAGCUGUCAAAGGACACCAGAAACACAAUUGUAGACCUGCACCAGGCUGGGAAGACUGCAUCUGUAAUAGGUAAGCAGCUUGGUUUGAAGAAAUCAACUGUGGGAGCAAUUAUUAGGAAAUGGAAGACAUACAAGACCACUGAUAAUCUCCCUCGAUCUGGGGCUCCACGCAAGAUCUCACCCCGUGGGGUCAAAAUGAUCACAAGAACGGUGAGCAAAAAUCCCAGAACCACACGGGGGGACCUAGUGAAUGACCUGCAGAGAGCUGGGACCAAAGUAACAAACGCCUACCAUCAGUAACACACUACGCCGCCAGGGACUCAAAUCCUGCAGUGCCAGACGUGUCCCCCUGCUUAAGCCAGUACAUGUCCAGGCCCGUCUGAAGUUUGCUAGAGUGAAUUUGGAUGAUCCAGAAGAGGAUUGGGAGAAUGUCAUAUGGUCAGAUGAAACCAAAGUAUAACUUUUUGGUAAAAACUCAACUCGUCGUGUUUGGAGGACAAAGAAUGCUGAGUUGCAUCCAAAGAACACCAUACCUACUGUGAAGCAUGGGGGUGGAAACAUCAUGCUUUGGGGCUGUUUUUCUGCAAAGGGACCAGGACGACUGAUCCGUGUAAAGGAAAUAAUUAAUGGGGCCAUGUAUCGUGAGAUUUUGAGUGAAAACCUCCUUCCAUCAGCAAGGGCAUUGAAGAUGAAACGUGGCUGGGUCUUUCAGCUUGACAAUGAUCCCAAACACACCGCCCGGGCAACGAAGGAGUGGCUUCGUAAGAAGCAUUUCAAGGUCCUGGAGUGGCCUAGCCAGUCUCCAGAUCUCAACCCCAUAGAAAAUCUUUGGAGGGAGUUGAAAGUCCGUGUUGCCCAGCGACAGCCCCAAAACAUCACUGCUCUAGAGGAGAUCUGUAUGCAGGAAUGGGCCAAAAUACCAGCAACAGUGUGUGAAAACCUUGUGAAGACUUACAGAAAAUGUUUGACCUGUGUCAUUGCCAACAAAGGGUAUAUAACAAAGUAUUGAGAAACUUUUGUUAUUGACCAAAUACUUAUUUUCCACCAUAAUUUGCAAAUAAAUUCAUUAAAAAUCCUACAAUGUGAUUUUCUGGAUUUUUUUUUCUCAUUUUGUCUGUCAUAGUUGACGUGUACCUAUGAUGAAAAUUACAGGCCUCUCUCAUCUUUUUAAGUGGGAGAACUUGCACAAUUGGUGGCUGACUAAAUACUUUUUUUCCCCACUGUACAUAUCCUUUCAAAAUAUAUAUUUCCCUUUAUUACUUUCCAACCCCACCACCCCUUCCCUAAUUGGAGUAAACUAGUGAACAACAAUGCUUAGGCCUCUACUUCCAGCUUAUAUAUUUAUUGUUUUUAAUUAAGAGAGUCAGUCAGGUAUUUCCCAGGUGCUAUGCACAAUGAGUGGAGGUGAUUUACUGUGUAUCUGAAUAGGAGAGACUGGCAUAGUGCAAACUGGCAGUAAAGGGGUUGUAAUGGAGUUUAGUGUAGUUAGUCAUGACUAGCUUUGUGAGAACUGACAGGUUGAGUGUAGGUAUUAAUGACUAGCUUAGUGAGUGUAGCAUUGUCAAGGACUCUGUUCGAUAGAGGGACUGUCAUUAAAGACAUGCUGAAAGCUUAACCUUUCUCCUCAACAGUUUUGUAGUUAUGUAAUACACUGCUCAAAAAAAUAAAGGGAACACUUAAACAACACAAUGUAAGUCAAUCACACUUCUGUGAAAUCAAACUGUCCACUUAGGAAGCAACACUGAUUGACAAUACAUUUCACAUGCUGUUGUGCAAAUGGAAUAGACAACAGGUGGAAAUUAUAGGCAAUUAGCAAGACACCCCCAAUAAAGAAGUGGUUCUGCAGGUGGUGACCACAGACCACUUCUCAGUUCCUAUGGUUCCUGGCUGAUGUUUUGGUCACUUUUGAAUGCUGGCGGUGCUUUCACUCUAGUGGUAGCAUGAGACGGAGUCUACAACCCACACAAGUGGCUCAGGUAGUGCAGCUCGUCCAGGAUGGCACAUCAAUGUGGCAAGAAGGUUUGCUGUGUCUGUCAGCGUAGUGUCCAGAGCAUGGAGGCGCUACCAGGAGACAGGCCAGUACAUCAGGAUAUGUAGAGGAGGCCGUAGGAGGGCAACAACCCAGCAGCAGGACCGCUACCUCCGCCUUUGUGCAAGGAGGAGCAGGAGGAGCACUGCCAGAGCCCUGCAAAAUGACCUCCAGCAGGCCACAAAUGUGCAUGUGUCUGCUCAAACGGUCAGAAACAGACUCCAUGAGGGUGGUAUGAGGGCCCGACGUCCACAGGUGGGGGUUGUGCUUACAGCCCAACACCGUGCAGGACGUUUGGCAUUUGCCAGAGAACACCAAGAUUGGCAAAUUCGCCACUGGCGCCCUGUGCUCUUCACAGAAGAAAGCAGGUUCACACUGAGCACAUGUGACAGACGUGACAGAGUCUGGAGACGCCGUGGAGAACGUUCUGCUGCCUGCAACAUCCUCCAGCAUGACCCACCGCCAAACCGGGGUCAUGCUGGAGGAUGUUGCAGGCAGCAGAACGUUCUCCACGGCAUCUCCAGACUCUGUCACGUCUGUCACAUGUGCUCAGUGUGAACAAAUGUAGCACAUUCAGCUAUGCUCCUGCUCCUGAGUGGCGUACUCCUGAGUGGCGCAGUGGUCUAAGGCACUGCAUCGCAGUGCUAACUGUGCCACUAGAGAUCCUGGUUCGAAUCCAGGCUCUGUCGCAGAAUCCAGGCUCUGUGACCAGGAGACUCAUGGGCGGCGCACAAUUGGCCCAGCGUCGUCCAGGGUAGGGGAGGGAAUGGCCGGCAGGGAUGUAGCUCAGUUGAUAGAGCAUGGCAUUUGCAAUGCCAGGGUUGUGGGUUCGAUUCCCACGGGGGGCCAGUAUAAAAAAAAAAUUAUGUAUUCACUAACUGUAAGUCGCUCUGGAUAAGAGCGUCUGCUAAAUGACUAAAAUGUAAUGGUGUUGGGUGGCAUUUCUUUGGGGGGCCGCACAGCCCUCCAUGUGCUCGCCAGAGGUAGCCUGACUGCCAUUAGGUACCGAGAUGAGAUCCUCAGACACCUUGUGAGACCAUAUGCUGGUGCGGUUGGCCCUGGGUUCCUCCUAAUGCAAGACAAUGCUAGACCUCAUGUGGCUGGAGUGUGUCAGCAGUUCCUGCAAGAGAAAGGCAUUGAUGCUAUGGACUGGCCCGCCAGUUCCCCAGACCUGAAUCCAAUUGAGCACAUCUGGGACAUCAUGUCUCGCUCCAUCCACCAACGCCACGUUGCACCACAGACUGUCCAGGAGUUGGCGGAUGUUUUAGUCCAGGUCUGGGAGGAGAUCCCUCAGGAGACCAUCCGCCACCUCAUCAGGAGCAUGCCCAGGCGUUGUAGGGAGGUCAUACAGGCACGUGGAGGCCACACACACUACUGAGCCUCAUUUUGACUUGUUUUAAGGACAUUACAUCAAAGUUGGAUCAGCCUGUAGUGUGGUUUUCCACUUUAAUUUUGAGUGUGACUCCAAAUCCAGACCUCCAUGGGUUGAUACAUUUGAUUUCCAUUGAUAAUUUUUGUGUGAUUUUGUUGUCAGCACAUUCAACUAUGUAAAGAAAAUAGUAUUUAAUAAGAUUAUUUCAUUCAUUCAGAUCUAGGAUGUGUUGUUUAAGUGUUCCCUUUAUUUUUGGCACUUUUAUCCAGUGACUUACUGUACAGUGAAUGCAUACAUUUUAGUAUACGUGACCCCAACAGGGAUCAAACCCACGACCCUGGCCUUACCACGGCCACACUCUUACCAAAUGAGAGCCUAUCUCCCUAGGUGGAGAGCCUAUCUGGAUCCCCUUCUCCUUCCGAUACAACCCCCAGCACAGUGCGUGUAAGGGCAGCCAGUACGUCAAGAGGACAUGGUACAGAAAGUUUGUGGGCGUGGUCCUGUGCAACUCACUGAGAUACAAGAUCUUCAUGGGAGAUGGGCUGAAAGGUACUACCGCUGUAACUUCACCCUCUCCUCUCUUCCUUUAUCUACACUGAACAAAAAUAUAAACGCAACAUGUAAAGUGUUGGUCCCAUGUUUCAUGAGCUGAAAUAAAAGAUCCCAGACAUUUUCCAUAUGCACAAAAUGCUUUUUUAUCUCAAAUUUGUUUACAACCCUGUUAGUGAGCAUUUCUCCUUUGCCAAGAUAAUCCAUCCACCUGACAGUGUGGCAUAUCAAGAAUCUGAUUAUACAGCAUGAUCAUUACACAGGUGCACCUUGUGCUGAGGACAAUAAAAGGCCACUCUAAAAUGUGCAGUUUUGUCACACAACACAAUGCCACAGAUGUCUCAACUUUUGAGGGAGCGUGGCCUGCUGACUGCAGGAAUGUCCACCAGAGCUGUUGCCAGAUAUUUGAAUGUUAAUUUCUCUACCAUAAGCCGUCUCCAACGUCGUUUUAGAGAAUUUGGCAGUACUUCCAACCGGCCUCACAACUGCAGACCAUGUGUAUGGCGUUGUGUGGGCGAGUGGUUUUCUGAUGUCAGUGUUGUGAACAGAGUGCCCCAUGGUGGCGGUGGGGUUAUGGUAUGGUCAGGCAUAAGCUACGGACAACAAACAAAUUUGAAUGCACAGAGAUACCGUGACGAGAUCCUAAGGCCCAUUGUCGUGCCAUUCAUCUGCCUCCAUCACCUCAUCUUUCAGCAUGGUAAUGCACGGCCCCAUGUCGCAAGGAUCUGUACACAAUUCCUGUAAGCUGAAAAUGGCCUGCAUACUCACUAAACAUGUCACCCAUUGAGCAUGUUUGGAAUGCUCUCGAUCGACAUGUACGUCAGCGUGUUCCAGUUCCUGCCAAUAUCCAGCAACAUUGCACAGCCAUUAAAGAGGAGUAGGACAACAUUCCACAGGCCACAACCAACAGCCUGAUCAACUCUAUGCGAAGGAGAUGUGUCGCGCUGAAUGACGCAAAUUGUGGUCACACCAGAUACUGACUGGUUUUCUGAUCCAUGCCUCCAGCUUUUUUUUAAAGGUAUCUCUGACCAACAGAUGCAUAUCUGUAUUCCUAGUCAUGUGAAAUCCAUAGAUUAUGGCCUAAUGCAUUUAUUUAAAUGGACUGAUUUCCUUACAUGAACUGUAAGUCAGUAAAAUCUUUGAAAUUGUUGCAUGUUGCGUUUAUAUUUUUGUUCAGUAUACUUCUUUCUCUCUCAGUUCGAGUCUUUUCUCAAUUUAAGUUGCUUUACGAUUACUCCUAAUAUUCCUCUUUCCAUUAAUAAUCUCUUAACCACCAUCUCUCCCCCUUCCACUUUCCCUUCCUUCUCUCUCUCUCUCUCUCUCUCUCUCUCAUUCUCUCACACUUUCACUACAUUUCUCUUAAUCACACACUUUAUCUACCACUUUCUCUUCUACAUACUGGUUGUUUUAUUGUUUUUGGACUCUGUGGUAGCCAACCAGGCUCUGUCUCAUUACAUCAUAUAAUAUUGUUUGAGAGUGUAUUCUGUUGUUAAGCAUUGACUGCUCUUUCUCGCCCUCCAGAAACAUUCUACAGUAUAGCAGACACAUUCGGCCAUGGGGAGGACCACUGCCAGUUUGUAGACUCUUACCUAGACGGGAGGACAGGCUACCCCAACCUCUCAAUGCAUCUGCCAACAGCACAAGGUAAAAAAAAGCAUUUAAUAAACACAAACUCCCAGAAUUCAUCACUCGCCUACAGCCUUUGGUAGGAUGGUCUUCAUAGUAUUCAGUAAAUAAAUAUUCUCACAGAUUAAGUCCAAGAGUCUUGAUUAUAUACAACCUCAAUAUCCAUGUUCUAGGCUGGAUAGAAACAGUCAGAAUCAUCUAACGAAGCAUUAUAAAUGUUGUGGGACGUCCAUUCAUAAUGCUUUAUAACAACGUGUCCUGUCUGCCCUUGUGCAGGUUACUAUCGCUCAUACAGGCAGGAGCCAGUCAACUUUGGCCCUAUCGGCCGGCGUACGCCACAUCUCUUCGUGGGAUGGUAUGAGUGCGGUGUGCCCAUCCCUGGCAAGUGGUAA